AUGGCAUUUUGUGAAAAUUUGAACAACAAUUCCAAGUUUAUAAACUGCCUUCGUAAAUCUGUUCCUCAUAGAACCAAUGAGGUAAGUCUUAAAGUUAUUUUGUUGUUAAAUUAGUUUGGUAUUUGUAUAAAAUUUGUGAUAUGCAUAGCAGUUGUGCAUGAUCGAUGUAAUCGACAAUCAGUGUAAAUUGCAGAUGAAAAGCUGUCAGUUUCCCAAUCUCAAGUAAAAAUGUUAUUUUCCCUCGCGUACAAUUAGCGAAUGUUAGUGAGCGCUAUCGGUAAGCAAAAUUGAUAAUAAACUUGAGUUCGCGCUUGAUAAAGCUAUUAUAUUGCCACAAGUGGACAGGAAACUUAAUCAAUAUUCGCAGCUUUUAGAAUACAAGAUGAUUUGGGGGUAUUGCUCUUUAAAUGUAUGCAAGAAUUCAACUAAAGAUUUCGCAAGUGCGAAUUCCAUGUUUAACGAUAGACCUUGCUUGCGUUAUUAGGAAGUGACGAUCUUUAAUUUUAAAGUUUUCUGUUUCAGUAUUUUAUCAUUCUAAGAUUAGAUACACGUUUGAUGGUAAUUUUAUAUAUUACACUACUAGUGUACAGAAUCAUUACUCAUACUCGGUUUUUACAAAUGUAUUUUAAGCGCAUUGUGUUCCUUGUUAUUUUGUUUGAUAAUAGAUAAAUGAAUUUUCCGAAUAAUCAAACAAAGCGUAAAAAGGUUUAAUUUGUGGUUUUGGUUUCUUUUUAUCCAAGUAUUUAUUUUUAACUGCAAUUUAUUAUUGUACCAACUUUGUCGCGUGUAAGCGAAAGAAAAUUUACAGUAGGAUUUGAGCUUUUUCUAACUUUGUCAGACUUUUGGUGCAGAAAAAUUUGAUACNCACAAGUGGACAGGAAACUUAAUCAAUAUUCGCAGCUUUUAGAAUACAAGAUGAUUUGGGGGUAUUGCUCUUUAAAUGUAUGCAAGAAUUCAACUAAAGAUUUCGCAAGUGCGAAUUCCAUGUUUAACGAUAGACCUUGCUUGCGUUAUUAGGAAGUGACGAUCUUUAAUUUUAAAGUUUUCUGUUUCAGUAUUUUAUCAUUCUAAGAUUAGAUACCCGUUUGAUGGUAAUUUUAUAUAUUACACUACUAGUGUACAGAAUCAUUACUCAUACUCGGUUUUUACAAAUGUAUUUUAAGCGCAUUGUGUUCCUUGUUAUUUUGUUUGAUAAUAGAUAAAUGAAUUUUCCGAAUAAUCAAAUAAAGCGUAAAAAGGUUUAAUUUGUGGUUUUGGUUUCUUUUUAUCCAAGUAUUUAUUUUUAACUGCAAUUUAUUAUUGUACCAACUUUGUCGCGUGUAAGCGAAAGAAAAUUUACAGUAGGAUUUGAGCUUUUUCUAACUUUGUCAGACUUUUGGUGCAGAAAAAUUUGAUAGCGAACCCAAUUUUAAUUUCAAUAGUUGUAAAUAGGACUUUGGUCAAGUUGCCAUUAACUAUACUGAUCGGUAUAAUCUUGUUAACAACUUCAAUAAUAAAUUCAUGAUAGUGCUAUGAAACAAACAACCUCCAAGUGUUAAGAUUAAAUCCAAGGAGUAGACAUUGGGUGUGUUUAAAUGUUUUACAGUUCAAACCCUUAUAUCAAAAUGGGUGCUUAUUUGUUUAAAAUAUUUGCUCGUGUGAAACCAGUAUUUUUGUAGGGUUCCAAACAUGGUAACUUAGGUUAAUACAGACUGAACCUCUUUAUGAGUACCUGGAACUUCGAUUUUGUCAUACGUUAAGUUUUCCAUGUAUUUGUCGGUUUUUCAGUCAAAAUCAUUGUCUGGAUUUUUUUGAGGUGGGGAGGAGGCUAACAUCACUGGUGAGCUCAGAGCAACCACAAUGACGACAGAAAUUAAAAAAUAAAAAGAAGCAACAAGUUUAAUGAGCAAAUCUACUUUCACAGGAAAAUAGAAGAAAAAUAGAACCAAAAGAAACCCCUAGCUGUUUGAUUCUCCACCUACUUGUAGUAUUAACCUGGCAACUUGAAAUUUUGGUGUCAACCCUGUUGCACUACUAAUGUUUUAGUUGUGAAACUUGAUUAGAAUGGCAAGGCAAUUGUUGCUGUAUGUAAUCUCAAAGAUCAUUGCUUCAUCAAUAGAGAAUUUUGCACUUUAGGUUCAUUGGAAAUACCCAUAGAGACGAUUAAGGAUUCUAGUUUUAAGAAAAGGGUGUAAUGUUACAAUACAGGAGAAUAUUUUGAAAAAGGCUCCACAUCUGAAUAAAAAUAGUCACAGGCUGCCGAAUGUUACCCGGAGAAUUCUACAUAAUAAACAGAGAAUUCUCCAAUCUCCAAUGCCUAAUGAACACCCUGAACACUUCUAGAGUUUACCUAUUUUGGGCUAAGCUACAAUAGUACCUGUUUUGGUUAUAAUAGAUAAAAGACAGGAAAGGAAAAAGAUACGUGUAGGGACACAGUCACCUUUCCUGGGUAGGGUUUCUUAGUCAUUCAGAUAGGAUAUUGGACAGAUUUUAGCGUGGAAAGUGUGUAUUAAAAAUAUAUUUAUUUAUGAAAAAUCUGACCGAUUUUUGUAAAACGGUGGAAACUGACAUGAGGAGCCGCACCUUGGUACAAAACCUGGAGGAAAAAAAUGGUCAUGUUCAAGUCAUAAUAUUUGUGAUUUGUCUCUGGACUUGUAAAGUGUUAAUUAUUUGUGAACCAAAAUGGCUCCAACAACGUGUACCUUUUUUGCAUAACAUAUAUGUGACAGUUCAAAAUUUAUUUCAGGUUAUUUGUCUCUUAGUCCUAAUUAUUGAUGAAUUAGGGCUAGAAAACAAAGGAAAUUGAGAAUCAACCUACAACAGGUUGAAAAAAUUUAACAUGAAUUUAAUUUUAACCUUUAACAUAAAUUUAUUACCUAUAGUUAAUGAUGGAGCAGAUAAUUCUUAAUGAGUUAAGAUAUUCUUAAGUUGUCUUAAGGUUCUAUGUUACAGUGUACAUCAAUGUCACUUUACUGUUGCCAUACUAGUUAAAGCUGGAUACAUGUACAUGGUCUAACUUUCUAUUAAAUUACAACUGGGAAACAUCUUCCUUUGCUUUCAAUGCCCUGUUAGGUUAUUCUUCCUAUUAGCAUCAUGGCCUAAAAACUAGCAACAGAAGAAUAAACCUUUAAAUCAUUUGGAAUUAUUUCUCCAUACUACAGAGUUAUGCGUGCAAAAAUGAACCAGUGUCAUUUUGGCUGGGAAAUGUGAUAGCCAUUGUCAUUUGAUCUACUUAAGGUUUUAGCAAGAAUAUUUUAGUGAUGGAAACAAGACUUAGGCCCAGUUCAAACGUCGAACUUUUUGUGUACUGGACCCCUAAUCCUUUCACUUAAGUAGAUGAAAAGAUCGUCGUUUGAAUCAAUAAGUCCCAGACAAUGUCUUAUUUGGGUCAACCCAUGAAUUAAGUUUGAGUGGCCCACAUGGGAAUUUUGACUGUGGAGUGACUUCAUUUCAAAGGUUGAACUUUUAAGGUGCUGAACCUAAUGCACAAAUUACUAUGAUUUAUUUGAAAUGAAUUGAGUCCAACUAAUUAAUGAUAUGUAAGUUCAACAUCUGAAUCAAUCAUCAAACUUGUAUCAUUUGGGUCAACCCAAAUAGGUAUUAAGUACAGUACAUAAAAACUUUGACAGUUGAACUGGCCCCUGUUCUGUACGUGUAGUUUUCAAAAGUAGAAUUUUUAUCAUUUUAUAAUCGGGAGAGGGCUUAACCUCCUUUAGCAAAAAUAACUGUGCUAACUUUUCAGGUGAAAAAAAGGGCAAUAAAGCUUUCUGGAGUAUCUAAUAAUUUUUAGAAUAAUGGGAAAAAAGAACUUGAAGUCAACCCUUUAAGUCCCAAUAGUGACCAACAUCAAUAAUAUUAUUUUCUCCCAACGGUAUCCAUACAAUGUCAAGAGAUUAGGUUAUGAGAAUCAAUUACAUGAUCACCAAAGAGAAAAUGCUUUGAUCUUUUCUCAAAUUCUCUCAACCCAUUCUUUAAAGAAAUGUAUAGAGAUCAGUUUGGAGAAUUUGCUUUUGGAUAUUUGGGCUUGAAGGGUUAAAUCUUGUCUUUGUAUUUGUCCUUGCCCUCAAAUCUACCGUACACUAUUAACCUUCUUACAUGUGUUUUUGUUGUUGCUGUUGUUUUGAUAUUGAAUUUUUCCUUGUUUUGUUUCUUCAAGGAUGUGGAGACUAUUUUUCGUUAUUUAUGUGGGAUGCAAGCAGUUGCAGGUUUGCCAGAGUCCUCUGUUAGGUCAGUGUUAAGUACAGGCAAUGCAUUUUUAUUACCCAAAAUGAAAGUGGUUUGUGUAAUGGGGAUAGUCUAAUAGAGUGGGGAAUUUGUAUGGGAGGGAGGAGAAGGAUGCGUGUUUAAACAAAUUCAAAUCCACAUCAUCCUCCCGUCCCAGCCCUAUUGAUACAUGUAUGUUGUUUGUCUGAAGCCCAUGUGUGGACUGUGGUCCUGAUUAUGGGUAAAUUAUCUUUAGAUUUAAAUUUAGUUUUAUCCAUUUUUACUGCAUACGAGUAGUUGCUGUUAUGAUGAGACACAAAGAGAGCAGCAGGAAAGGACUAGUAGGGAAGAGAAGAACCAUAUGAGCUACAAUGCUCAUUACAAAUCUUGAAACACUUGUGUGAUUUUCCCCUCCAUGACGUUGAUUUGGGUUUGCAGUCAUUUCAGUGGUCCAAAAUACACUUGGCUCAACAUUUUGGAAGGAGAGGGGCACAUUUGAGUGAGAACAAAGGUGUGAAGAGUGAAUGUAAGAAAUUUGGAGAAAAUUCAAGACAAAUGGCCACUGUUUCAACGAUUUGUGAUGAGUAUUGUAGUCCACCCAAGUUAAAAAGAACUCACUAUGUAUGAAAGAAAUCAAAAAGGAAAUUGUGAGAAAAAGCAACUCAUAUAAACUGUUAACUAAUAUUUAAAAAAUUUAAAAAACUUUGAUGACUAUCAUGCUAUAAUUGCUAGGUAACAUGUAGGAAAUCCAGGAUCUUUCUCCUUUUGCUUCUAAUAGUAGCCAAAGGAAAAAAAAUGCACCAUUUAAUUGUGACCCUAUUUGGGAAAACCGGGCUUAACGAAAACCGCGUUCAAAUGCAUUUCAACGAAUUUUAAAUGCAUUUAGAAUGCAUUACAACGCUGGAGAACGAUUCACAACGCAUUUGCAAUGUUCCCCAAUUCAUUCAUGAAACACCGCCAAUGUUCUUAAAUGUUCAAGAAUGAUCUUGAAAUGAUUUCCAAUGCAUUAGCAAUGCACUGGGAACGCUUCACAAUGCUUGUUUAGAAAAUUGUAAAAUCAGAAUGAAAAUAAUAAUAUUCAAUUCACCUUUGGAGUGACAACGUGACAAGUUAAAUAAACUCUGCGUUCGGUCAACAUAAAGAUUAAGCCCCGGCUAAACGAUCAAAUAGUUUCAUCCAACAUCGUUUUGGAAGAGCAUCUUUGACUGUUUAGCCGCCUCUCUCAUACGCAUUUAAGUGGCUUUUCCAUGCUUGAUCUUGGUCAAAUAUUUUCAACCAACAUUUCGCGUUGCGAACAAAUGUUUGAUCGUUUAGCCACCCCAACAAACAAAUUGUGCACAGCUAGUAAAAAGCAACCUAAUGAACUACAGAAAUAUAUAAUGUCGAAAUUUCAGCGAUAAUAAGCAAAAAUUGUUCUGUGGACUCACUGUGUCUGGUGUUCGUUCGAGUUCCCUUUUUUUUUAGAAUGAUUCGCUGCGCUGCUUGAAAUGUUUUCAAGGACAUGCGAUGUUCGGCACGUCGGUAUUUUGUUUUCACUUUAUUAUAAACUCGGCCAGCUUUCGAACAAAAUAGCGUUGUUUUCUUGGCUUUGUUUCCAUUUGCUGGUUAGAUUUUUUCCCCAACAUCAGAUUUUCCAACAGAAGCGACUUUAUUCUUCGUAUCAAGCUUUUCUUAUCUCCUCGUGUAAUCUGAUCCUUUUUAUUGGUGAGAAUUGCUUGUUUCACAUGGAAAACUUUUCUUUGUUUACACUGUUGUUUUACAAGCUUCUCUUCGUUAAAACCUUACAUUAAUGGCUCCUUAAAUUAAUACAAUGCAUCAAGUUUUCAUUUUCCUUGACUGCCGGGGCCAGAUUUAGGUGAACAAACAAUAAAAGCGUACCACAUUCAAGUUCAGUCUUCGCGUGCCGCCGAGGAAAGAAUACACGUGCGCCAAGUAUAGUUUACCGCCUUUUGAUUUGCUGAAACUGUCACACCACUUGGUCUCAGGGGAAUCUACAUUACAUGAGGUUACACUUUUUGAAGCUCGAUCAAGAAUUUUUCUGCCUACAGCCGAGUCUUGCGCGGCUCUAUUCUGCUGCUGCCACGCCAUCCGAGCGUCUUCGCUCGGAUGGCUUGUUGGCAAUCAGUUUGAGAGCAACUUAUGAUGAAUUUUUAUUCAAUACGUGGGAACAAUGUCGAAAGGAGAGAAGGACCGCAAACAUUUGUUCGUGACAAUGCUUUGAAUGUCUGCAUGUCACUCGUUAGCUGCUUGUUAAUGGUUUUCGUGGUUAACGUGGAAAAAGCCACGGACACGAAAGGUGAACGGCCUAGAGUUAACGAUUAAAUUUUGCACGGUGAAAACUAAAUUGGCUGCCCCUACAUCUCGGAAAUUUAAAAGUUGUAAAAUAUCAAGUAGAUUUCUAAAGUUCAGUAUUUUUUUAGAGCAUUUGCUGCUCGAUUAGGACACAGUGCAUGUUCAUUGAUUUCGCCGACAUAUUCAAGGUUCUUGUGUUCUGUUGGGUUGUUGUCUGCACUUUUGUGAAUGUUUUUCAAUGCGAUACUGCUUCACUGAAAUGCAUUGUGAACGUUUUAAAACGCGGUGCAAAUGAUUCAAAAUGAAUUCAAAAUGAUCUUCAAUGCAUUUCGUUUUCGUUCGCGAAUGUUGUCAAUGUUUUCAAAUGCAUUGAAAGUGAUCUGUAAUGCAUUCGAACGUUUCCAAAAUGCGUUGAAAUGGAAAAACGGUUCAACGGAGUUUUCGUUAAGCCUGGUUUUCCCAAAUAGGGUCACAAUUCAGAUUCAAGGCUAUCACUAUGUCUUAGGGCCUGAGUCCGGGGGAUUCCCUGAGUAUCAUGAACUUGUUCCAUGGUUUCUUUCACAGGGUAAAAAAUGACAAUAGAACUAAAGGACCUUCCUAACUGUUCAAUUCCUUGCCUAUUAAUUUGCCACGUGCACAUCUCCCAUAAUACACCUUUUUUGCCCCCGAAAUUUUGCAUAACCUUUGCUUUUUAUUUCUCUUGCGUGUUACAGCCGUCCCAAGAGAAAUUGAAAACAAAGCUUAAGCAAAAUUUUGGGGCGCAAACAGGUAUACCUGCCAACUUUUUCUGAGAUAUAAGCGUGAGACUUUCAUCCUGGGAGUGGUGGGAUUUUUGAAGACAACACGAUCAUUUCCGAAGAUUCCCGAAGAAGUCCGAAGUCUUCUGAAGAAGUCCGAAGACUUCUGAAGACGUCCGAAGUCUUCUGAAGAUGUCAGAAGUCUGCCGAAGGGGAAGUUAUGGAGUCCCAGUCUUAGGACGCGUAUAAACGCGAGCUCGCUCCCAGUGCUUUUCACUUCAAAAAUCAGAGAUCGCGAGGAAGGUAUUGUCAUUUAUUCAUUUUACACGUGGUUUUUGUCCUUAUAUGGGUCUGAGAUAACAUAUUUUUGGAAAUUGUGUCAAGCAAGACGGCAACAACUCACAUUUUUCAAUCAGGCGUGAGAAAUUGGCCCGCAAGCGUGAGCAGGCGUGAGAUCGAAGUUUUCAACCCGCAGGCGUGAGACUCACGCUUAAGGCGUGAGAGUUGGCGGGUAUAAAUAGGGUGCAUUUUGGGAAAUAUGCAAGUGGCGAAUAAAAACUGCAUCUACAGAGCAACUUGAAGUCAUAGUGAUAGCCUUGAAAUUUCUUUUUUUUGGCUUGACAGAUUAAAUUAUUAGAUCUCCAGAGGUUGGCAUCUCUGCCAUUAUAUUCCGAGUGGUCUGGUAGACCAAAGAAUAAAGCUACAACAAUCAGUCAUGAUUUGGCACUCAAAAAGGCCUAAAAUACAAAUACAAAUGUAUAAUAUUAUUUUAGUGAGACAUGCCAGCAAAUCAGCUUGGAUUUUCUUCUCAUUAGUUCCCCAAUUCUAGCAAUAGACAUUAUAGUCAGCAGUAGCUGUUUCAGUUCAAACUAAAUUUUCUUUAAAAAUUAAAAUGAUCAAAUGAGGCUUUAAACUGCUGUCCAUUUUAAAAUCUAAAAAUCCAAGCUCGACAGCAUUAUCAGGGAUGAGAAAGUAUGCGGCAUAAAGAUAUGUGUGUAAAAGUGUAAAAAUGAUGCUAAUGGAUGAAAGGUGUAGAAAUAGAAUUGAAAACAAUGGUCUAACCACCAAGUGUCUCCAGACAAAGGGUCUCUUAAAACACUUUAAAAUAGUCUCUAAAAACACUAAAAAGCACUAAAGCAGAAGGUCUGCAAAUUUGCUAAGUUCCUCACAGAAAUUGAGGGUGGGCUUAUACUUUCUUCUUUUGUUUGUGAUUUUCCAAUGUUGAUGGUGGUGGAUCUCAUAUACAUAUGAAUUUAAACUGGCAAACCUCAUAAAAAUUUAGCUUCAUCAUACCACUCUACCUACUCAAAAAUAUAUUAAACUCUUUUAUAUAUAACUUUUACAUAGAGUGAAUAUUGUAUAUAAAAUUAAUUAAUAAUUAAUACUUUAAAUAAUUAUUAUUAAUUAAGAUGAAAUCCUUAACCUGGAAGCUACAGACUGUACAUGUAUCAUAACUAAAACUUCCUUAAAGGAACUAUUGUAAAGAUUUUGUUAAUAGUUGUUCUUUCGUAGUUUUUAAUUAUUGCAAUAUUGCAAUUUUAAGAUUUAUUCAUUUAUUUGUAUGAUUAAACUGUUUUGAUGUCACUAGCCUGUUUUAGUAGUAGUAGUGAACUUUAUUAAUGUGUCAAGAAACUCUAGUGGGUUGGUGACACCAAUAAAAGAUAAAAAUCAAAUAUUAAAAUAGUGUUAAAACAAUGUCAAAAUAGUAAUGCAAAUAGUAAAAGCUAGGAAAGUUGAAAAUCUAAGACCUGUUAACAUGUAAAAAUGUAUGUACAGUGUAUAUGAUAACAGGACUGAUAAUUUUUGCUUCGUAACAUUGUAUGCAAACAUUUGCUUCUUUUAACAGUUAAUUUGGUCAAACUUUUUCCAUACGUGUAUAUUCAACUACUGAAUUUAUAGCAUGUAUUUGAAAAUUGUUCUGGAAGUCCUUAUCUUACUAGUCAUCAAACCCACAUGUGCAAGAUCUGCCUGCAUGAUAUGAGCAUUGGAUUAGAUAACAGCUUCAUAGUGAUUCAGUGCUAGAUUCAAAAAUCUUUUAGAAAUCUGAAGAGAUAAUUCCUAUGAAAACAGUUUUAUCAAAUUCGAGGAAACAGAACCAGCAGAAUUUUAUAGACUGUUCUGUAACUGCCUUAAUAACUUUUUAUUUAAUAUUAAAUUCACUACUUAUUACCCACUGAUGCAGCAAUGAAUCUGCUAUAUAAGCAACAAGUGAUGGGAUCAAUUUUUUAUCAGUCAGUUGACUUACAGGUUUGUCUGUAAGCUCCUUAGUUACCAAAAAAUCUAUCCUCAAUUUCUCAUCUUUAGCAUUGUUUACCUUCCCUUUCAACUGAUUAAAUUAUCAUGUCAGAUUUCUUUCUCUUUGUCUGUGGCAAUGUGUCUAAAGCAUUAAGCAAAUUCAUAUGUCAGUUAUUAAUGGUUAUGAUUUCAAAUGUCCCUAAUCCUCAUUUGUCAACAUUUUUUUUCAGGACAAUGUCUGAGACUGCACGAUAUGUAGCUGAAGACUCAAAUUAUUUACUUUACGUGUAAGUUUUCAGAUUAAAUUGUCACACAUAGCUUAUUAGGUUUAAAUCAAGCCUAACAAUACACUGGCUAAAACUGAUUGAAAUCCUUUCUAUGUAAAUCAGGGUAAAAUUUUCAUUUUAUUCGCAAAACCCUGUCAUCAAGGUGGAGGGAGGGAGGGGGGCGUUGAUUUGUAGGUGCAAGUGUGAGUGUGUCUUGAGUGGGGCUCAAGUUGCUAAACCUUUAGUUACACUUGUACACCUACAUUUAAACCCUCUGGCAUACAGGGCUGUCAUUACAUUUUCAAGUUGCCUGGUAAAUGAUACAAGUGGGUGGGGAAUCAGCCAGCUAAAGUUUGUUUGGUUCCAUUUUUUUUCUAUUUUCCUACAAAAGUAGGCAGGAUUCACAUUUACAAUGACCGGGGGAAAUCCCAGUCCUCGGCUCUCAAUGACUGCCCUGGGAAUUACCUCACUAGCCUAUACAGUACCUUUUUUAAAGGCACUUGUCCUCAGUUGUCUUCAUCAGUGGUCCUAACCUUAGCUGCGAUUACAAGUGACUACUUAUUAUUUUUGCUAUUAUGCUACUGGUCAAAUCUCUGCUCUUGAAUUUAGAUCAAAACUUCAUUCCUCCCUCCAUAUCAAUAAUUUUAUUGCUGUUGGGGAGAAGAAUUAUUUAAUUAAUAUUAUUUUUUUUACACUUUUUCAAAAAUGCUUUUUAGGGAAGAUGACUUAGCAAAUUGCUGGUACAUUUUGUUGUCUGGUUGUGUCUUUCUUGAUGGCUGCAUGUAUCUUCCAGGGAGCAGGUAUCAGUAAAGAAAUAAUAUUAUAUUAUGAAUGCUUUCACCCUUCGCUGUCACUAAGUAAAAGACAUCCAGAGAUGAAACCCUUUGAAUCCUAAUAACGGACUGAGCAACAGUGUUUUAGCCAGAAGUGCUUUUGAGAAACUCCUUUAUUUAUUUGAAGCUUGCAUGUCUUGUAGCUUUGGCAAGCAGCCACUUGGUGCUAAUGGCAAACGAGGAACUGACUGCUUGGUGUUGGAAUACUCAGAAAUGAUUGUGGUAAGAGCUCUAAAUGUACUUGUUACAAGGGCAAAAUAGUUUCAAUUCUCCUCCUGUGGAAAGUUUACUUGGUCUCAAAGAUACCAAACAAUAGAGUUGUCCCUUUGGAGUCUUUGGUGUCUGUACUAGUUUUGUUUUUGAGUGGGUCCUUGAGGUCAGCAGCAACAUAGUUAAUGAGGCAUGAGGCCUUACAAGGGGGCUGGGGGUGGGGUUUAUGCCAACUCUUUGUUGAUCUUUUCUGAGACUGCCUGUGGCUUGGUGGGUUACCUAGGAUGUAAAUGUUGGUUCAGCAUAAAUUUUUAUAGUAGUCAACUUGAAAAGUGCCUUGAAAUUAUUAAUUGUUAUUGACCUUUCUCCCUUGUGGUGAACGUGAAUUCCAUAAUAACAAAACGCUCCAAAGAAAAUAACAUAAAAUGUUUGGAAAUAACGGAAGACAGUUUGCUAUUUCGCUGCAGAAACAGCCAAAAUGCAAAUUAAAGUAAAGAGAUGUCAUUUUCACUAUUUUCAGAGAGGAUUGUUGCCUGUCGCUUCUCACCUUUAUUAGACCUUGUUAAUGGAACGUACUGUUGUUAUUAUCUUUGUUGUUUGCUGCCUUUCGUAACCAAUCUUCUCUACUAACUGUGGCUGUAAUAUUCAUUAACCUAGUGUAUAAAGGCAAUAGUAAUGGGCUAAAUUACUUCAAACUUUUUUUUCUACAGAUUGAUUUUCCAAACUCAGACCUGUUUCAGCCUUUUCAGCGUCACUCUUAUUCCAAAAAUGACCUAGAGAGGCUGCUUGCUCUUGAAACUCAAGAUUUUAGGAUAGGAGGGCCAAUUCCAGAUGAUGAACAAGUAAUGUUAAUACACCUUACCCCUGCCUUAACUUUUUUGCAUGAGAGAGCUUUGGUAACUAUGGCAAUAACAGAAACGACCAGGUCAAACAGUUUACUGAAAAAUGUGCCAGUAAGGCUGUAGUACCAAGAAUUUUUUAGACCAGGCUUUGUAAAAAAUAGUUGGUUUGUAUUAAGGGUAUACAAUGUAGUCGCCAUGCCUUUGGGCGUGGGAGGUGACAGGCAUAAAAUUUAGGAAAAAUUCUUAGUUAAAUUAAUAUUAGAUUAUGCAUUAGUUACGGUUACUUUCCUAUUGGAGUGCAGUCUUCAAAAUGGUCGUUUUUUUUUUCUUAAAUUCGGUUUUGCAACAGGACCAGUACGGCGAGAGAAAAAUAUAUUUCUCGCGUUCCACCUCAGUCAUACUCUCCGUUUUCACCCUCACUCCAGACCUUUCCAUCGACCGCUCGCGCACGCCUUCUUAACCUGGGCGAAAAUACGGGCUGUUUUGCAGUCUAUUUGGGGUGUGGUUUUGCCUGAUUAAAAGAGGUCGACAAGAAUCUAUUAUUAACAUUGAAAAACAGUAUAAAAGACAUUCUAAAUAACUAUAUCCUUUUGUUAACAGUUGCCUAUGGAACUACAGCAUGUUAAAGAAAUAAUUUUACGAAGCGAUAAAAACAUGCAAAGAAGUGCAUCUGUGGAGGAUUCCUCUUCCACGAACAACCUUGAGUUGGAUCUGACAGGUCUCGUGGAAAGUAUUGGUAGGAUAUUAAUUUUGUAAAGCACUUACUUCAAUCAAACCUCCUUUCUUAAAAAUUCUUCUAUCUAAAAAAAACCCAGAAAGCUCUGUUGCCGGGUAUUUUGUGUACAAGGUACCUGGAAGUUCCAGAUCCCUUUUGGCUUUAAUGUUGCGCGAGAAAAUAGUCGGUAUGGUUAAUUCUUUAGUUUUUAACCCUUUCACUGCCAUAGUGAAUAAUGGAGUUUUGUAAGGUAGCUCUAACUUUUGAGUCUGUGCACGAACUCCUAUGGUGUGACCAUUCAAAUGAAACCUCUCANUCAGCGUCACUCUUAUUCCAAAAAUGACCUAGAGAGGCUGCUUGCUCUUGAAACUCAAGAUUUUAGGAUAGGAGGGCCAAUUCCAGAUGAUGAACAAGUAAUGUUAAUACACCUUACCCCUGCCUUAACUUUUUUGCAUGAGAGAGCUUUGGUAACUAUGGCAAUAACAGAAACGACCAGGUCAAACAGUUUACUGAAAAAUGUGCCAGUAAGGCUGUAGUACCAAGAAUUUUUUAGACCAGGCUUUGUAAAAAAUAGUUGGUUUGUAUUAAGGGUAUACAAUGUAGUCGCCAUGCCUUUGGGCGUGGGAGGUGACAGGCAUAAAAUUUAGGAAAAAUUCUUAGUUAAAUUAAUAUUAGAUUAUGCAUUAGUUACGGUUACUUUCCUAUUGGAGUGCAGUCUUCAAAAUGGUCGUUUUUUUUUUCUUAAAUUCGGUUUUGCAACAGGACCAGUACGGCGAGAGAAAAAUAUAUUUCUCGCGUUCCACCUCAGUCAUACUCUCCGUUUUCACCCUCACUCCAGACCUUUCCAUCGACCGCUCGCGCACGCCUUCUUAACCUGGGCGAAAAUACGGGCUGUUUUGCAGUCUAUUUGGGGUGUGGUUUUGCCUGAUUAAAAGAGGUCGACAAGAAUCUAUUAUUAACAUUGAAAAACAGUAUAAAAGACAUUCUAAAUAACUAUAUCCUUUUGUUAACAGUUGCCUAUGGAACUACAGCAUGUUAAAGAAAUAAUUUUACGAAGCGAUAAAAACAUGCAAAGAAGUGCAUCUGUGGAGGAUUCCUCUUCCACGAACAACCUUGAGUUGGAUCUGACAGGUCUCGUGGAAAGUAUUGGUAGGAUAUUAAUUUUGUAAAGCACUUACUUCAAUCAAACCUCCUUUCUUAAAAAUUCUUCUAUCUAAAAAAAACCCAGAAAGCUCUGUUGCCGGGUAUUUUGUGUACAAGGUACCUGGAAGUUCCAGAUCCCUUUUGGCUUUAAUGUUGCGCGAGAAAAUAGUCGGUAUGGUUAAUUCUUUAGUUUUUAACCCUUUCACUGCCAUAGUGAAUAAUGGAGUUUUGUAAGGUAGCUCUAACUUUUGAGUCUGUGCACGAACUCCUAUGGUGUGACCAUUCAAAUGAAACCUCUCAAUCUGUACUUUCACAUGGUGCUACUUGUUUUUCAAAAUUUUACAAAAUGAAACUUCGGAUUUUCUAUUGAAUUUUGCUUUUGGCCACAUUUGGCAGUGAAGGGGUUAAAGCUAUGUUCACACUAUGCCGGAUAGCUUUUGCUGCGCCAUGAAAAUCAUACCGGUUUGGGCUUCUGUUCACACACAAGAACGAUUGUGGCCGCGCGAUUUCUGUAACGGGGCGAUGAGGUGCCGCGCCCGCAAUCUUGAAAGAGGAACGUUACAUAUCGGAUACUAGGUUUUGUGCUAUACUUUGGUGCGGUAUGAAUAUCUAUUUGGCCUGUCGCCGAAGUAAAUUUAAGUAGGAGCGACGACUGGAACUCACUGAGAUGGAAGAACAUAUUCAGGAGUAGAAACGGGAAUUAAGUGCACGAAACCCUCUCGGCUAACCGCCCCUGCACGAUGUUGGAUGUGCGUGGACGACUUGUGCCCCCCGGGCCGUUGCUGUUCCCGCCAUACCGGAUAGCUUAUCGUGGCACCACAAUAAGCUAUCUGGUAAAUUGUGAACGUAACUUUAAGAGUACAAAUCCAGGUGAAACGCCCCAGCCGCUGAAAACUACAGCCAACUCUCGGUAACUCGAACCCUCUAUAAUUCGAACCUCCCCCUAACUCGAAGCAAUUUUCAUUCCCCUUCAGGUCAUUUUCUAUAUAAUUUUACCCUCAACAACUCGACCUCCCGAUAACUCGAACUUUUUUCUAUUUCCCUUGAAGGUUCGAAUUAGUGAGAGUCGACUGUAUGCCAUUAUCAAACAGACUCUGAUUUUUUGAAAAAAAUUUAUCCAGGAAACGCUCCUAGAGACUGGCUUUGUCAAGAGUAAUGAAAGUAGAAAUAAAGAAAACCCUAUGUAAAAUUCUAAGAAUAAUAAACCUUACGACAGGGAAGGACAAUUUGGAAGUUCAAGCGAGCUUGUAGUUACCAACAUCGUUUGGUUCCUCUUUUAGUUGAUUCCGAUGAGGAAGAUGAGGAAGAAGAAUCGCUUUCUUCACGCGAGGUAGUUACUGUUUUCCCUUUUUUGUCACUGGUAAAUCAUAAUAAAAUAAUAAUUAUUUUUUUCUUUACAUCGGGUGUACGUGUUUGUCUUAAAUGCCUUAACGCAUUAAAAAACAAAACAAAAACAACAACAGCAACGUGCACGACACCACAUCUACCGACAAAACUUUGAUUUAGACUUUGAUUUGGGUUUGAAGCUUAUUGUUGUACUACGGUUGCAUCCAUACAGUCGGUAAAUCUGCGUUGCCAGUUUUGUGAAUAUCUUGAGGUUCGAGGGAGAGGUUUUCAUAUCAUUCUUCCACAAAGCCUUCAUCAAGUGUCUGCCAUUUUUGCCAGUCUUGUCACUUAGCUGUGUCCUUCAGCCCGCUUUGUUCAAUAACUCUUUGAACUCUAGCUCAGGGUGGCCAUCCGCGGCUAAUUAGUAUUUUACGUUAAGACAUGAACGAUUAUCUCAAUCUGAAUUGUUUGCAGUCUUUACUGGUGCGAGAUGUUGUGCGAGACUGUCUGGAGAAAGAACCGGCGGAUCGCACGGAAAGUGAUAUACGUGAGUUUUUUUGUCCUGAAUAAUUACUGUAUUAGUAUCUCUUUUUAAACGUUUAUAACGUUUCCAAGCUGAUAAAAUACUGAUUUAGAACUUAUUUCUUGCAGAGGCGUUGCUGGACUUCAUGCAACAUCUGCCAGUAAGUUUUGUAACUGUAAAGUACAACAGCAAGUUAAAAACUGAGCCCAGAAAUUUGAUCGCUUUUGCAAACCUGAUUUUCUGGAUUGUCCAUCAUUUGGGUCCAACGAGGUUGAUUUAGGUCUUUUUCCUAAGUUGCGAUCCAAAUAUAUUGCCUUGAAGAAAACGACUUAAUUUAAUGCAAAGUGCGUAUAGAGUACUAAAGUGUGACGUCAUAAAAAUGAAAUUUCUGAAAUUAUGGGAUUUGUCAGGAUAUUCUGAAAGAACAAUGUCCAAGAGGCCUACUUGCCAAAAAAAAGCAGUUGGGGGCAAAUUGUCUCUGAGAUCGUAGCCCAGUUAUGCUUACAAAACUCCAUACAAACCCUUCUAAAUUUUUUUUGGGUCGACCCCAAAAAAAUUAGAAGGGUUUGUAUGGAGUUUUCUGAGUAUAACUGGGCUACGAUCUCAGAGACAAUUUGCCUCCAAUUGCUCAUUUUUGGCAAGUAGGCCUCUUGGACAUUGUUCUUUCAGAAUAUCCUGAGAAAUCCCAUAAUUUCAGAAAUUUCACUUUUAUGACGUCAUUACUUUAGUACUCUAUUAAAGAUUCUCUAAAAACUGUGCGAGUGUCCCUUACGUCUUUCCAAAACAAAACAAAACAAAACAAAAAAAAAAAGAAAAAAGAAAGCUGAAUAAGUAAAUGGUCAAGAAUCGUAGAGCUCCGAGUCAAGGCUGUAGACUUUUUUUACUUUCUUUAGAAGUUACUUUUGACAGGUCAUACUAAUGCGAUUGGCAGUUUUCAGUAAUUAAAAAAAAAAUGCCAUAGUAAGUGAUCAAAUUGCUCAAAAUCCCAAGGAAGAGUUAUUUUCACUACUGUCCGAAGAGACUGUAACGUUUAUCAUGGAAGUUCGAUCGUGUAAAAUAAAUUAAGAGGAACAUAUUUCAGCAGAGUUCUUGCAGGGAAAAAGAGAUGGAUUUGUAUCUUGUGUUUAACGUCGUUCCCAGUCUAUCUCUCCUACCGUCCCCAGGAGCGAGAGAGAAACCGGGGAACGAGGAUGUUAAUUUUUUUUAAAUGUCUAACCCUAACCAGGCUUUUGCAAAUAUGACCAUGAAUGUAAGACAAGAGCUGUGUGCCGUUAUGGUGUUUGCUGUUGUGGACAAAGCAGGCUCUAUAGUCAUGGAAAAUGAAGAGGAGGUAGGCUUUGAUUCUGGAUUUUUUUGUGCUUUCGUAAAACUACCAUUAGGUAGCAGCGGUUGUUCCAGUAUUCAAACGAGUCGUUCGAGGACUGUGAGUGAGGAUGUUAAAAUUUCAAAUCAAGUAGCAGAAUGGUUGAUAGAUACGAAAAAGUUCUUUCUUCAUUGGUAUUACCUAAUAUGGCAAGGGCGUAUUCCCAUCUUAUGGCAAAAAGCGUCUCGUGAUAGGUCCAUUGAACAAGAUAGCGUUCAAACUUCGUGAGCGAGCAUGAGUUCUCUGUCUCCACUUUUGCCUUGUUUUCGCUGGCCCUCACGUUGAUUCUAUCCCAUUUAACUUUCUGAACCCUUAAGAGAUCAUUAUUUGAACCCCAAAUGACAUGCUUUGAAAAUUGUCGAGAACGCUGAAUAAUAUGUAGCCUGCCCGGCAGAAGUCAACAAGGGAGGGUAAAGAAGGGUUUUCUCUUUCGCGCUUUUCUUUUCCUCCCCUCCCCUCUCCCCCUAUGUUCGGCCUAGCUGGUAUUGACGAGAUGCUUCCGUCUUUUCCAAGUCAGGGGAGAAUUUAAAAAGUUGUUAUAUUUUAAAGAACAAAGAAAAUUCUGGUAUUGAAUUAUCCGAAGAAUGAUUGAAUUGCAUCUUGGCUUUAGUAAGUAAUAAAGUGUAUUUUUCGAACGUGUAUUUUCAGCUGGACUCCUGGUGUGUAAUUCUCAAUGGUUCCGUAGAAAUUCUAGUUGAUGGAGAGGAACCACUCACUCUGCAUCUUGGAGAUAGUUUUGGAGUGGAACCAACGCUUAAAAAGAUGCGUCAUAAAGGCAUCAUGAAGACACGGGUCGAUGAUUGUCAGGUGAGGAAUCUCAGUAGAUUCAAAUAUAAAUUCUCCUUUUUUUCCCUUUGUGAUUCUUAAAGUUGUAGAGGGGAAGAAGUUGUAAACGGAUCAAGCGAAUUCAUUAUUCUUGAUCAUGUCCUUACUACUCAUAAGCCUCGGGGAUAUACCGUGAUUUAUCAGAGAUGCCUCGCAGCUGUAACAAGGCCUCACCGGAUUAAUCGGAAAAACAAUGAACGAACAAACAUAACAAUGGAACCUAGCCCCAACACAAAAGAGCUGCGACUCAAAGGAGUCCAAUAGAAUUAAAGGUUUAACGUUUAAAGAGGUGCGUGGCUGCUACGAGGAGGGAGAUUCAUGACUUGCUUCACUACCGCACGGACAAAGCGCUGCUUUAAGUACCUUGUCCUCUUGUGCCAGUAACCUGUUCAUAGAUAAUUCCGUCCCAGUUCAAAACUGAAACAACAACAUUUCUUAAACGUGCUUUUUCCUAUUCAAAUGUUGAUUGAAAAAGACAUUUCGAAUUCUCAUCGCGCACGCACUGUGAAUAAAAAUGACAAACGUUAUAAUGUUCAUGAGACAGGACUAUUCAUAUAUGGAAAAAUGUUUUAUAUCGAUACCUCGNGAGAAACCGGGGAACGAGGAUGUUAAUUUUUUUUAAAUGUCUAACCCUAACCAGGCUUUUGCAAAUAUGACCAUGAAUGUAAGACAAGAGCUGUGUGCCGUUAUGGUGUUUGCUGUUGUGGACAAAGCAGGCUCUAUAGUCAUGGAAAAUGAAGAGGAGGUAGGCUUUGAUUCUGGAUUUUUUUGUGCUUUCGUAAAACUACCAUUAGGUAGCAGCGGUUGUUCCAGUAUUCAAACGAGUCGUUCGAGGACUGUGAGUGAGGAUGUUAAAAUUUCAAAUCAAGUAGCAGAAUGGUUGAUAGAUACGAAAAAGUUCUUUCUUCAUUGGUAUUACCUAAUAUGGCAAGGGCGUAUUCCCAUCUUAUGGCAAAAGCGUCUCGUGAUAGGUCCAUUGAACAAGAUAGCGUUCAAACUUCGUGAGCGAGCAUGAGUUCUCUGUCUCCACUUUUGCCUUGUUUUCGCUGGCCCUCACGUUGAUUCUAUCCCAUUUAACUUUCUGAACCCUUAAGAGAUCAUUAUUUGAACCCCAAAUGACAUGCUUUGAAAAUUGUCGAGAACGCUGAAUAAUAUGUAGCCUGCCCGGCAGAAGUCAACAAGGGAGGGUAAAGAAGGGUUUUCUCUUUCGCGCUUUUCUUUUCCUCCCCUCCCCUCUCCCCCUAUGUUCGGCCUAGCUGGUAUUGACGAGAUGCUUCCGUCUUUUCCAAGUCAGGGGAGAAUUUAAAAAGUUGUUAUAUUUUAAAGAACAAAGAAAAUUCUGGUAUUGAAUUAUCCGAAGAAUGAUUGAAUUGCAUCUUGGCUUUAGUAAGUAAUAAAGUGUAUUUUUCGAACGUGUAUUUUCAGCUGGACUCCUGGUGUGUAAUUCUCAAUGGUUCCGUAGAAAUUCUAGUUGAUGGAGAGGAACCACUCACUCUGCAUCUUGGAGAUAGUUUUGGAGUGGAACCAACGCUUAAAAAGAUGCGUCAUAAAGGCAUCAUGAAGACACGGGUCGAUGAUUGUCAGGUGAGGAAUUUCAGUAGAUUCAAAUAUAAAUUCUCCUUUUUUUCCCUUUGUGAUUCUUAAAGUUGUAGAGGGGAAGAAGUUGUAAACGGAUCAAGCGAAUUCAUUAUUCUUGAUCAUGUCCUUACUACUCAUAAGCCUCGGGGAUAUACCGUGAUUUAUCAGAGAUGCCUCGCAGCUGUAACAAGGCCUCACCGGAUUAAUCGGAAAAACAAUGAACGAACAAACAUAACAAUGGAACCUAGCCCCAACACAAAAGAGCUGCGACUCAAAGGAGUCCAAUAGAAUUAAAGGUUUAACUUUUAAAGAGGUGCGUGGCUGCUACGUGGAGGGAGAUUCAUGACUUGCUUCACUACCGCACGGACAAAGCGCUGCUUUAAGUACCUUGUCCUCUUGUGCCAGUAACCUGUUCAUAGAUAAUUCCGUCCCAGUUCAAAACUGAAACAACAACAUUUCUUAAACGUGCUUUUUCCUAUUCAAAUGUUGAUUGAAAAAGACAUUUCGAAUUCUCAUCGUGCACGCUCUGUGAAUAAAAAUGACAAACGUUAUAAUGUUCAUGAGACAGGACUAUUCAUAUAUGGAACAAUGUUUUAUAUCGAUACCUCGGCAUUAAGUGCUAUUAUGCCUUACAUGGACAACAAGAAGACUGAAAUAAUUUGAAUCUUCUCAGCACUAUUUAAAUAACCCUUUACUCAAGGCUUUCAGCCAUUGACUCAAAAUCCACACUCGGAGAGUAACUGUGAAAUUGAAAGGCUUGUCAAGAAACAGUGCGCGUCAAGUUGUUAUCUCACUCCGUGUUUAUUCCAGUUUGUGUGCGUGGCGCAAGCGGAUUACUACAGAAUCCUGACCCAGGGCGAGAGGAGCAUUCAGUGUAUCGAGGAGGGUGGCCAGGUUGUCAUGGUGACCGAGUUUAGGAAAACUGACGGGGGCAGCAGGCAGGGCCAGGUGGUCAUUAAGGUAAUUCCCUGGGAUACUAAUGACGUUAUCAAGGAUAAAGCACAGUGGUGUUCAGAAGGCCCCUCUCAUGCCGGCUUCAGAAGCCCGCAUGAAUUCGGGCCUUGGGCUCGUUUCUUGAUAACUUUUCGGGCUCGAAAAGCUGUUUUAUGUUUGUCGUGUUUGCAUUCAAGAUCAAAGUUUCAACAAUAUUGAAAAUGAUACGAUAAAAGUAUCAGUUAACGAAGCAAAAUUGACCGGUUUGUGAGCUAGGAACUGUACUACUAUUUAACAGUUCUUGAUUUCAUAAUUUGCCUUCGGAGCCGAAAAAUUCCCGGGCCUUUCUCGAAGUCCCGGAAUCUUUACUGGCCCGAAGUGUAAUAUUCAAAUCAAAAUCUGAAGAAUAAAAUCGCUGGUCCUAGCUAACAAACUAGUCCUUUUUGUUUUGUUAACUGAUAGUUUUAUCAAAGUAUCUGCCGCAAAACUAUUGAAAAUUCGAUCCUGAAUCUGAGCAUUAACAGCUUUAGAGCCAGUUCAUUAUUCCUUUAAGUGCCGAUAGUGACCAACAUCAAUUUUCUCCUAACAAUAUCCAGUAAUUGUCAAGAGAUACAGUUAUGAGAAUUUACAAAUGAUCACCAAAGAGAAAAUACCGUGAUCUGUUAUUAAAUUCUCUCAACUGAUUCUUAAAGAAAAUGUAUGGAGAUCAGUUUGGAGAAUUUGUAUGUGGAUAUUGGGACUUAAAGGGUUAACGGGACUUUCGAGAAAUGUUCCCAGAAUCCCCCUAGAUUAGAAUCCACCAGAAUCUUCCAGAAUCCUUCAGUACGUAACCUUAUUGUGCAAAUUAGGCCCACCAAGCUUAUUCAGUAAAGCUAAAUACCCAAGUUUUCGUUUCUCUUUUUCUUGUUAUCGUAUUAGGCCACACCUCAGAAGCUUAUAAGUCACGUGGUCGAGGAGCAUUCGGCUAUCGAUCCUACGUUCGUGGAGGAUCUUCUUUUAACAUUCAAGACCUUCUUAGAUCGGCCCUCAGAAAUAUGCAGCCAGUUACUGAAUUGGUUUCUUGAAAGGCGGUUUAGAGACAAGGUAAGACUACGAAGAAUCUGUUUUUUUCAGCCUUACUCUUUACCUUCCUGCAUACCAUUAGCCUGCGUCGUGGACGUAAUCCAACCGUUUAGCAACGUCUGCGAAGCAGCUCUGAUAUGCUUGUUCUGGACCGGCCGGUCCCCAACGGAUUCGACGAAUUGAUGGAAUUGCAUUUGGAAUUUCCCUUUAACCUGAUUGGCCAAUCAUGGCGCGUACUCAAAUCCUGCGGUACACAGGUGGUGGCCUAGAACAGGGAUUUCGGCGCUGUUUCGCAGACGGACUUCACCAGAAAUUAAACUCCGUCUGUGGCGCAGGCCAUCUUAUCAUUGGUGCGGUAACUCCUGGGAACUUCCCGCGUUGCUCCUCCCCAUAAUGCAAACCACCUCAUUGAACACUGCCCCAUCAUUAGCGUUCCCAACAGUGUCUUGUGGCUUAACACUCUUGAUGCCUCCACUUGUUCUCUUGCCCCGACCUCCCUCUUUGAACAAAGCUCACAUGCACGACGACCUUAGAUAGAGAUGUUUGAUCGCUUCACAGAUUUUUACAAAAUUAGACUAAAUAUCCUCAGGAGAGUUCGAAACGCCACCUGAGGAAGUACUACUCGAUGAUCGCCGAUAGAGUGCCUCAAAUCUUAUAUUUCAUUAUUAAAAGACCCGAUUUUUAAAGGCAUUUUUACUAUAAAAAAACUGCGAUAAGAUAUAACUUUAAAUCAUUUUAAGAAAUUUUGAAAAACGUGACAAAGUUUCGACGUUCUUGGACGUCAUUAUCAAGUCAAAAGAAAAUAGCUUAUACAUUGUCUAUAAGUACAUGAAAAAACAAUAGAUCAUUAAAAAGAAUAGUAAUGUAUUAAAAUAUUUUGCGAGAUAAACAAAGAGUUUCACAUUGAUGGAUCACUCUGCACAUUUAGAUUAGGCCUGAAUUCAUUGAUCAACAACUUCAUCUCGUAAAUGAAGCAAUCAAAUUCUCUAUGACACUUUAAAACGCGAAAUUGACACUCUCGUAUGAAUGGUAAUACAAAAGGGUUUUAUUUACAGACUUAAAAGUUAGAACUACGUACUAGAUAAUUAAUAUUACCAUGUGAAAGUAGCUCUGAAGAGGUUUCACUUGAAUGUUAAGGCCGUAGGAUUUUAGACUCAAAAGUUAGACUCCCGUUUCAUAUCUUUUUGUUUCAAUCUGGGAGUGAGGAGGUUUAUUUUGUUGGUAAAAUAGGCAAGGUUAAAUUUUUUUGACUCUGUUUUGCCAGGUAACGCGUGCAAUGCUCCUAUGGGUCAAUAAUCACUAUGGCGACUUUGAAGGGGACCCGGUGAUGGAGGGCUACCUCGAGACGUUUGAAAAGGGCCUUGAGCAGCAGGUAUAAGCACUGACCACUUAUCUUACCACUUUUUUCUUUACUUUCUUAAGUUUUGAGAGUUGUUUGGGUCGGUUAAAUUUUGUCGGUCAUCAAGUUUGGUAUAAUAAACUUCUAUAGCAUCACGACUUGAUCUUUUGAAAGUUUCAAGAUGUAGAUAUACAAAGAAAUGUUUGACUACAGAACAUCAGUGGUCGGCUUCGAGUCACGGGUGAUGGUUAAUACUCACUUUCUGACGCGUUGUUGAGAACUGAAUAAUUCACCCCUGAACAGUCACUAACAAGCUAGUUUUUUUUGUUGUUGUUUUUUUCUCGUAACUAUACCCUCUUUUUGUUUGGAGCGUUUUUUGAAGGCUCAAAUAAUUACUGUGUUAACUCUUGAAAACUCUGUGUAAACUCUGGGAAAACCUCUUUCUCAUAUGUAACAUGUCUACCUGCGACAUAACAGCCUGUAAUGCUUGAGAUACUGUUUCGAUUUGAGAACAGAAGUUGCCGGCAACAAUGGGUAUCCCACUUUUCUGCCGAGGCGCCGGUGAAGUUCACUUCAGUUCAACUUCGUAGGUGUGCCGGCGCUAAAGACCUGCGAUUGUUCUCGCUCCCAGAGGAGUGUGUUCCCAUUUGUCGGAGCAGUAUAUCAAGCAGUAACGGAGGUCUUUCCUAGUCAGGUCAGCAGCCUAAGAGAACCAGGCAUAAGAGACUAAUGUUUCUCUUUCCUUUUCGUACAAUCAGCAAAUGAGUGGUCAGCUUGGUCUGCUAAAUAUCGCUUGCGCAGCCAAGGCAAAGGCACGUCGUAUAACAAUGGUAAGUAUAUUCUGCCCUGUUUUGUUCACCCGGCAAUCUCUUAUCCUGAGAAUGCAGCUGCCUUUUCUGCGCUAACGACGUGAAUAGUCAGUGACCUCUGAGCAGCGGCUGUAAUGACAGGCUGGAGUGUUAAUAUUGCAAAUACAUGUUAACUGUAUGACACAGUGCAGGGGGAAGGGGUUGGGUGAGCUAUGGUGUUUCCUUGAACAGAACAAAACUAACAAAAGCACGCUAAUGGAGCAACUGAAAUUAAAUUUCUCAAAACCAAGAAAACACGGCGAUGCUGACCAUGAAAAGGUGCGAAUGAUUUAACGAUUACAAUUUAAAACCCAAGACUGGCCACUGAUCCCUCGCGCGCAAUAUUCAGACUCAAUUUUGUGCGCUCAAAAUGUUACCUAUGUCAUUUCCAUGACUCUUUACAUGUUGUUUCUUAGGAUCGUUCCUCUAGAGAUAUGCCCCUUGGUUUUACAAUUGCCGGCGGUAAAGAGUCUGGUUUUGGAAUUUUUAUAUCGAAGGUAAGAAAAAUGAUACUGUUAUAUUACGAAGUUGAAAUAAUAGGUAUAUUAUCUGUUUGUCUUUAGCUGUUCUUGUGGCUUCAUAGAUAGGGGCUAAGAUCGGUAGGGUGCAAGGUGUUAUCCUAACACCCUCCUCGAUCUCCAUAAUUCUUCAGAUGAUAGUUAACCUCAUCCAAUAUUGUUAAUUAUUUUAGACGACGGAUAUCAAGCGAUACAAACUAACUACACAAUGAUGCUGGUCGCGCCGCUCAACUCUAAUUAACGACUGGUUAAAAUAACACGUUAACUUUAUUGUAAUGUAUUCUUAGGUUGAAGAGGAUUCGAAGGGGGCCGAAGUGGGUCUCAGACGAGGAGAUCGGGUUUGUGUUAAUUAUCUUUUGUCCUCCGUGCUAGUAGUUUGUACUUAUAGUUUUUCCGUUGAAGUUUAGUCGAACCGUGUUUAAAAUGACGAUUUAUCUUUCAGAUACUUGAAGUGAACGGAACCAACUUUGAAAAUAUUACAUACGCAAAGGUAUGUUUUAGCUCAAGUCGUCAGCGCAGGAAUUCAAUGAUCGUCUCAGUUACGUGUGGGAGUCACGCGUAUGACGCUUAUAUAACGCACUUAAAUAAGAUCAAAAUCGGACGUAAGCUUUUAAAGGAUACCUGCGACAUAACAGCCUGUAAUGCUUGAGAUACUGUUUCGAUUUGAGAACAGAAGUUGCCGGCAACAAUGGGUAUCCCACUUUUCUGCCGAGGCGCCGGUGAAGUUCACUUCAGUUCAACUUCGUAGGUGUGCCGGCGCUAAAGACCUGCGAUUGUUCUCGCUCCCAGAGGAGUGUGUUCCCAUUUGUCGGAGCAGUAUAUCAAGCAGUAACGGAGGUCUUUCCUAGUCAGGUCAGCAGCCUAAGAGAACCAGGCAUAAGAGACUAAUGUUUCUCUUUCCUUUUCGUACAAUCAGCAAAUGAGUGGUCAGCUUGGUCUGCUAAAUAUCGCUUGCGCAGCCAAGGCAAAGGCACGUCGUAUAACAAUGGUAAGUAUAUUCUGCCCUGUUUUGUUCACCCGGCAAUCUCUUAUCCUGAGAAUGCAGCUGCCUUUUCUGCGCUAACGACGUGAAUAGUCAGUGACCUCUGAGCAGCGGCUGUAAUGACAGGCUGGAGUGUUGAUAGUGCAAAUAUAUGUUACCUGUAUGACACAGUGCAGGGGGGAGGGGUUGGGUGAGCUAUGGUGUUUCCUUGAACAGAACAAAACUAACAAAAGCACGCUAAUUGAGCAACUGAAAUUAAAUUUCUCAAAACCAAGAAAACACGGCGAUGCUGACCAUGAAAAGGUGCGAAUGAUUUAACGAUUACAAUUUAAAACCCAAGACUGGCCACUGAUCCCUCGCGCGCAAUACUCAGACUCAAUUUUGUGCGCUUAAAAUGUUACCUAUGUCAUUUCCAUGACUCUUUACAUGUUGUUUCUAAGGAUCGUUCCUCUAGAGAUAUGCCCCUUGGUUUUACAAUUGCCGGCGGUAAAGAGUCUGGUUUUGGAAUUUUUAUAUCGAAGGUAAGAAAAAUGAUACUGUGAUAUUACGAAGUUGAAAUAAUAGGUAUAUUAUCUGUUUGUCUUUAGCUGUUCUUACUGCUUCAUAGAUAGGGGCUAAGAUCGGUAGGGUGCAAGGUGUUAUCCUCCUCGGCCGGCCUAAUCGGCCUCGGUGAAUAACACCCUCCUCGAUCUCCAUAAUUCUUCAGAUGAUAGUUAACCUCAUCCAAUAUUGUUAAUUAUUUUAGACGAUGGAUAUCAAGCGAUACAAACUAACUACACAAUGAUGCUGGUCGCGCCGCUCAACUCUAAUUAACGACUGGUAAAAAUAACACGUUGACUUUAUUGUAAUGUAUUCUUAGGUUGAAGAGGAUUCGAAGGCGGCCGAAGUGGGUCUCAGACGAGGAGAUCGGGUUUGUGUUAAUUAUCUUUUGUCCUACGUGCUAGUAGUUUGUACUUACAGUUUUUCCGUUGAAGUUUAGUCGAACCUUGUUUAAAAUGACGAUUUAUCUUUCAGAUACUUGAAGUGAACGGGACCAACUUUGAAAAUAUUACAUACGUAAAGGUAUGUUUUAGCUCAAGUCGUCAGCGCAGGAAUUCAAUGAUCGUCUCAGUUACGUGUGGGAGUCACGCGUAUGACGCUUAUAUAACGCACUUAAAUAAGAUCAAAAUCGGACGUAAGCUUUUAAAGGCACUUAUGGCCCCUUCCACACUAAUGCGUUUUUGUUUAAAAAUGCAUACAUUUCGAUGCGCUUAGGCCUUCUAUCCACACUAAUACGCUGAGCAUUUUCAUCGAAGACGCAUCGAUUUGAAAACGCUCUUGAAAGUGGAUCAAAACGAAAACGCAUACACAUUGUAUUAGUGUGCACAGUCGAAAACGGUCGAAAAACGCAUCAAAAUGAAAACGAUGACCGAAAAUAUCGUAGGCGCGUGUGUUUGUAAGUUCAACUUACGUCACCUUGACAACCUGCGAUUCUAUCGUUUUCGAAGGUGGAUAGUCCAAAACGCAUCAAAACGGUAGUGUGGACGCGAAGCGGUCGAUGCAUUUUCCAUGACAACGAAAACGCAUACUUUUGAAAACGCAGUAUUGUGGAGAGGGCCUAAGACAGCCGCUAUUGGCAGGUGCUCUCUGUCAUAAGUUUCCUUUUUAUGGCAGUAAACCCCCAUUUUAUGCUGGAAAUCGUUUCAUAAAUAAGUAAGGGUCCAGACAGAACUUUCCAGCUAAAUAGUUAAGUGUCAUACGAACCAAUCAGAUGUGAUGUUUCAGUGUGUUUUCCACUAAAACCAUUUUUAUAGUUUUUGAUAUUCAAAGACGCGGUCCCAUUAGCUUUUAGUUGUCACUAUCGUGUUAAAAUUAAUUAGACGCGAUUAAAGUGAUCGGAUUAUAGCGUUCGUCACACACGAAUAGACCGCAAGAUUUUCGACAUUUUUUUGUCAUUAAAGAUUGCUAAAAAAUUUCCAGCUUCCUUGUUUACCUCGCCUACGCAAGUGUAAGUCUUACAACAUCCGCUAACAGUAAGAGCCCUUUGGCUUACUGGCGUGAGUUACUGGCCCACAACUCUCUGUUUCCACGCGAUAAUGACUUCUAUCCCUCCCACCCAGCAAACGUUUUGUGAACUUUGAAGCGCAAUUACUUUUUUAUUUUUCUUUUAAAGCUUACUUUGAUAUAUUUACGUUGUUUUCGGCCGUGUAAAUCACUAAGUUUGACUAUUAAAAGCGUUUGAUACUUCUUGUUCGUAUUUUCCGGGUAAUAAACGCAUUAUGCAGGACUGUUCCUCAUAAUGCACUCGGCUACGCCUUGUACAGUAUUUGAAUUUCGCAUCCUUUUUAAGACCAGUGCGUGCGUAAAGUUGCCAGUUAUCACUCAAAUCAUUCUCUUAGUGUCACUUAAAUAACGUGUUUAUUCCUGUCGCCUUUUUCCUAGUAGGGCUGUUGUGAGUUGAUACCAUUUUGGCCCCAACCUUCCCCUGAAGACGGAACUGAAGAAUCAUUUUUAAUUUGUAUUUUAGGCCAGAGAAGUCCUUUCAAGUGCAACCCAUGUGUCUUUUUUAGUUAAACGAAAUAUGCCAGGUUUGUGAAUAGCUUGUUCAGUGUUGUAGCUGACAUAGUAAUUAGAUUAUCUUUUGUUCACUGAGAAAUUGCAGCGCAAUUACUCUUGGCCAUCAAAGGUCGCAGUUUCUUUAGAAACCAACAAACUAACCAUCCCCCCCUCCCCCACGUGUCCUUCAAAUUGCGUACGUUUGUAGUCUUUGUCAAUAUUAGUGCCAACGUUGUACCAACCCGGAGACAAGCGAGUGAUCUUCGCUGCUCCUGAAGUCAGUCGUUCAACAAUUUGAGUUUCACCCAUAAGAGUACACAGUAUAACUGUCUCGACAGUAAGAGGAAAUCCAAAAAUUUUUGUCUCACUGUUUUUCGCUGACAUGUCUUCGGACAGUGUUGAAGUAGUGACUAUAGCUGACCUGCUGGACAGAAUUAAAGUAUAAAAGUCCAUGGUAGUGGUGCUAGCACAUUCCGCAUUAUUCUGGACCUUCCGAAAUGUAGCUUUUUCAUUCUGCGCAUGACUGUGGAACUCGUUGCUGCUAACCUGGGAUCAGGCGCUCCUUCUUCCCUUUUUGUUAAAAAAUAACGCCUGAUCACAGGUUAUGUUGCUGCGGGAGCCAUCAACCCUUUUUGACAUAACAUGUUACCCUGCAAACAGUUAAGCCUCUUUCAACUUCCCCCACCCCCCUCCCCCAAAAUGAACGCAGCUGAUGCAACGUUUUUUCUUAUUCUUUGAUUUCAACGCAAAUACUUGCGACGUAUUCCUGGAGUUGAUCCUUCGUGUUAGAAAAAUCAUUAGUUGCUUUUAACCAUAUUUCCAACACUAAUGGGUCCAUUCCUUUGUUUCUGCUUUGCGAAAUGUUCUGUUUUCUCACGAAAGCGAAGUAACACCCACAAAUAAUUUUCGAUUUCCAAUACUAAACUGAAUUUUCUCGAAGCUCCCGAGUACAUUGUCACGCAAUCCACCAAUUAGAGUUCAACACAGUAGUUUCCUUUGAAAAGCGGCGGUGUAAUUAUGCCUGUUUUUACACUCCGUGUUCAAACAAAAGUGUUUGAUCUCAAUGAAAUCUUUGUUUGAACAGAGAAUAACGUGCCGCAACGGAAGUUAAAAGCCACGGCUCUUUGAUGUACCCGAGCGACCGGGCCCUUGUGGAAAAUACUUUUCUUAGCAUUUGAGUCCCUUUUUUCUUUUCCCAUCCCACAGCUUUCAAGGAGAUGCUAACAGCACCCCACGGAAAGGAUAACUUAAAACUCACGCAAUCCAAGGUAACCUUACAUUGUUUAGGAAACGUGACGUGUUGCCGAAAGAAUCUUAAAUGUCCUUUGUUCCUCCUGAUUCGUGUUGACUCAAGCAAAUGAUUUUCGUUUUUCCGAACUUAAACCUGUUUGUGCUGUUUUAUGCGUGCCCGCUUCGCUCCUUCUGAAUUUUUUUUUACUUGUAACCGCGUUCUCUGUACGUGUGGAAAAAUUCCAUGAUAUAGUGCCAGAAAUUUGAUGAGGUCAUGUUGGCCUUCUCAACCAAUAUCAGUACUUUUAUCAAUCUUGGGUUUGCUUCGAAGUUUUUGUUUUACGUUGGUCUCUAGCGGAAAUAGGAAGCAUGGCUACCGAGGUAUAUUAUUAAGCAAUCAGACAGAAUUCUUUGAGAUGCUUACAGUAGCUUACAGUGAAAUCAUUAUUCAUUCCUUGUUGUGUUUUGUUCUUCAUCUUGUUUCAGGACAUUGUACAGCGAAGUUCGUCGGACUGCAGUGAGAGGCAGAGGACCUUGCAGUCUCGACUUUCCGUUCCUGAAAUCUCAUCAGGUAUCCUUAUUUUAUUUGCGUCAGAUAGAGUACCGCACGAGGGGGUUCAAAACGAAAACUUCAAACUCUUCACCAGUGAGUUGUCGAGAGCUCGGGGUUUUUCAAGAACUUCUAUAGUAAAAUAGCAAUGGAUACUAUUAUAAGAUGAAAAUAUGAUUCUAUUUAUACACACUAUAAAUUCCCGCUCGAAGUGCGCUCUUAUGUUUUUCGUAUAAGUUGCUAGGAAAAAGCGUGUAGUUUAAAUUAUUUAAGCGCAAGGUCGUUGCAAAUGCCUGAUUCACGCAACAAUAAAAUCAGAACAAAAAUGGUAUUAUCUUCGGUAUGUUAAAUAUAAUUUUAUCUAUAGUAGAUUAAUCAUUGUCGGUAUUCCCGUAUCGAUUCAUCAGUGCAAAUUACAAUACGUGUUUAGAUUUUGCCUGCGAGUAAUCGCCUUCUCUCAGUGACGAUUUAUCGCUUUUUUCCUUCAUCAAUUGUAUGAAUUUUAUUUUCAAUGAAAUACAACGCCUGUUUGCUUUUUUUCCCAUUAGAUCCAUCGAAAAAGUCGAUUCAGGUGAGUGCUGAUCAGAUGUCGCAUAAUUUAAAUUAAAAUUGAUUCGAUUUUUUAAGAUCAUUAAAAAUAUCCCGUCAGAGAUUCUAAGCUCUGAUUGUAAUUAUUCCACUUGAUAAAUUCCAUUGAACAAAUUGCCGCGUCCCUGGUUUCCUACACACUGCGUUUUGCGGAAAACCUUUUGUUUUCAUGGCUGAAAAAAAAGGUUAAAAUUACUAUGAGCUACUAUGGUCUUAGGGCUCUUGCAGAAAUAAUUUAUGUCUUAAAAAGCGUAUAUCCUUUCACCUAAUGAAGUUGGAAUUUCCAAAUCUGCGACUUUCUACUAUUAACUGCAGAUGGUUUGAGGUUUUAGAAGCGUGACUUUCUUGUUAAAUUUAUUAUUUUGCGAUUAUGAAACAAAAAAAGAAAAAAGAACUAUGGACAGGAAGGGAUGUAAUUAUUCACUGAUAAUUGCCUAGUAAACAAUGGUGAAAUAUUUAUAUUAUUUCCUACUCGACCUCUUUCAAUACUAACUGCGCUCGCCGUCUGUUUCUGCAGCAGUUCUCUUGAGUGAAGUGUACAGUUUUCUGUUAGGCUUCCAAAGCGAAAUGGGGAUUUUUUGUCCAGCUCCUAUCAGUUUGUUUACGAAUUUACUUAGGGAAUGUAAAUUAAAUUCUCUGUUUUUAUGAGAGAUGUGUCCCGAAUAGGCCAUUUCCGAGUUCCCCCGGGCCUCUGUAUCAAAACGAGGUUAAGUGUUCAGCCUUUGAUAUGGAGAUGAUUUUUCAUUCUUAUGCAAAUACAUCUCAUUUUCACAAGAAAGGUUGUGCACUUGGCCUCAUUUUCAAAGUGAGGGUUUUUGGAACUCGGACGUGGCCUAUUAGUCUUACCCAUUGUUCUAGAGCUAACACGAUUUUUUUCGGUUUCAACGGAUGUGAAAACCGUCAUUUUUUCUCCACUAAUACAUUUUCUCUUGAAGUCUUUAAGUAGUUUUCUUUGUUACCUUUUCAGUCCAUUCCGGUGACACUAUAUCCAGCAUUUGUUUUUUCGUGAAGUACAUUUUGACGUGUUUUAUUGUUGUCAUCAAUAAAACCACUUGUUUCAACAAAAAAAAGCAGUUUAUACCGCUAGCCGUUAGCGAAAAAGAAAUAUCAAUUUUUGACUCCGAGCGUCUUAGAAUGUGCGAUGAUAUGUUUCAUAUGAAACAUCCUUCAGGAAAAAACCUGUCUCCGUAGUCACUUGGUCGGUAAUGGAUACUAUUUCAAGUACCUGAAACAUGAAUAUUUGUGACAAGUUUUUUUUCAUUUUGUAGCGGACGAAAAGUAUAGGACAACCGGGCUACUUUCUGACAGAAAAUGGCCAGCUCUGUUAAGAUUAUACUGUACUAUGUGAAAAUCAACCUAUAGUCAGGUGAAUCUGUCGUUCAACAUGCAGGAUUCGGUGCUAUCAGGACAGUUACAGCCGUGACGUUACGAGGUUGAGAUCAGCGAAUGGUUAACUGAUUUUGCCAAAGAAUCUGUUUUUCUAAGAUAUUGAGUAUAUAAGCGCUAAGGGUGGUUUGUAAUUGAUUUCUUGCCCUAAGGGCAAUUUCUGUGAUAGGAAUUCAGGCAUAAUUCAUAACACAGACCUUUUUGAAAACCGUAUAGCCAUUCAUUGCAGAACAGAACUCAAAGACCUGAACAGGCCUUAGGUUGCUUGCUUUAGCUUAAGCCUUGAUUUUAUUAGCGACACAAAGACUACCGCAGGCAGAUUCGCAAGUUCAAGCACGAAGAUCAAAAUUUUCCUUGUCUUGUGCUCAAGCUUGUGGUUGUUUCUCUUGCGUCAGCGCUCGUUUUCACUUGGCGCAGCUCCAAUGGUCAUACUUGCGCUAGUGUUGUGCUUGCGUUUCUUCUGAAAACCAGGAAAUAUUUGUUUGACUCGUUAUUUAAAACGACUUUAUAGAUUUGAGUUUUACCAAAGUAUGAGAAACAUUAUUGCCAUGGGGGUAUUUUUGAGUAGUUGUAGUUGUGUAUUUUACCGGGAAUUUUGCUGCAAGCUUUUUUUGGCCGCAAUGCGCAGUUACGGGAAUAGAUUGUUCACAGAACAAUAUUUUAAUUAAUUAUUAGUUAAUUGUCAUUUUCCAGUAUCCAUUUCCAUAACAAAAUGACAACAAAAGUUGUUUUGGAAGGCAGGUGAACUCAGUGAGUCACUAUUUAACCGAAAUUCUUAGCGUACCGUGAGCGAAGUUCAGAGGAGAUUUUUUUGUUUUCGUUCCUUUCAUGGGAGAUGAGCUUUUUUCAUAUGUCAGGCUAAUAUCUAUUUCGGUCAUUUGCUCAAGUAGGGUAGGAUUUUAUACCCUCUUGGUUGAAAGGUUAAUGGCUUGAGAAACCGCGCCGGUAGCCUCUUUGGUUGAUUUGGUAUUCAAUGGAUUUAAAUACAAAAGGCGUCUAUUGCUGCCACUCAAAGAAAUUCCUUGAUCAUGCAACUCUAAAAAGACGAAACAAGGUUAAUUUCUUUUGUAAAUUAAUUGAAGACUUCAUUAAUUUUGCUAAAUCAGUGUGCAGUUUUUCACGUUUAUCUAUUUUUAGUUUAUUUGUGUUUCCGCAUUUCCGCUGGUUUGUUUCGUGAUGGUAAACAUCUAUUCUGGUCAAUAUAUUUUCACGUUUUUCCCACGCGAAGGGGAAAAUAUUGGUUCUUUUGAUGAACUUAUUUUUCCAACCGUUGUCUGUAGCAGCUUGCGAAAGACUUGGCUAUUAGAGGCGACAUUUUGUCGUAAUAUGAAUCAUAAAACAUUACUACCAGAGGAAAGCUUGGCCUUCGAUUUUUAGGCCCCGCCUGCCCUCACGUAUCCGUCUUUUGUGUGAUGAAACGGAGAUUGUUUUCUUCAGUGGCCUGCCGUCUACCCGUUUCCGGUGAAAACGGUCACCGAAAACCCAUGUUUUCUAAAACGCUGUCCAGAGUAGAGAUUUUUGAAAACGCUGGCUUCUCGACUACGUGUAGGCGGACGAAAACGGAGGUUUUCCAAUAUGAUGACGUCAUACAUCAUAAUACUACUACUAGCAUUACGCAUGCUCUGUGAGGGUUGCUAUGGUAUUUCCAUCGUUUCAGCGUUUCCUGGCGGACGGGCCAAAAAGUUUCCAAUACGCUACGUGUGGACGCGAAUUUUUUCGGACACGGAGGAAACUGAAAAUCUCCGUUUUCAAAAAUAUCCGGUUACGUGUGGACAGGUCCCUAGCCUCGGCUUGAGAAAUAACAUGUUUGUUUGUCGCAGUGACAUUAAAAAGUUGCUAGAUUUGAAAUUUUGAAAUCAGAAAACUACCCAAACUGUGGUGAUUUAAGGGUAGUUUAAGCCAUAGUCUAUGUACUGAGGUUUUUAAGAAUUUUAAGCUUGCACGAUGACGGUUUUUUCGUUCUUCUGAACUGAUUGAGCCGCACCGCCCUUCAACUUUAAAAAAUACCACUUUGGUAUUAAACUUUGGAAUUGCUAUAGCGUACAAGUCAGCCGCAAUGUCACCGCUAAGAGUGAGCAACAACUAUUUUUUUUUGCUUAUUUGAACAUAAAAGUCAUGAUUAUACUGGAAGUGCAAGUUACGCAGAUCUUGAUUGUUAAACAAAUUCUCCUGAUGAGCACAAUGAAAUAUGUAUAGGAAAUAGUGAGAAGAAUAUUCCUGCGUGGAUGAUAACUGCUAAACUUCAUAUGAACAUGUUUUUGAGUAACUGAGCCAUAUACUCGAGUAUCUCGUGCAAUGAGUAGCAAACGUUACCGUGGCCUAUAUAUUUUCACAAGGUUUCGUGAUGUAUAGGUUUUAAGAGGUUCGAGUAUAUUCUGGUUUGUUUGUUGUUCCUAGUGAAACUUCCUUUCGCGAGCUAAAAUCGACACGUACAUACUAUCCUUUCAGAACUUUGCACUGUCACUUUUACCUGCAUUUAAACUCUGAAACCAAAUCUAUGAAAAAAAGAGAAGCACAAGCGAGACAUUAUUGGCACCAGUUAGAUAAUCUAGUGCCAUUGGGCAUGGUCACACCUUGUCGGUUGUUUUCACACUGAACUCAAGGGUGUGUUUGCGAACAGUCGAAUGCAGAAGAAGAUGCGAAAAUAGAAGCUAUGAAGGAAAUUUAAAAAGCAUUUGCAUAUAAUUAAUAAUCCCGGAUGACACUUGGCCUUUUACCACAAAAAUCUGAUAAGAUUUUGUGUUGACCGCGUACCCAGGAAAAGUUUUCCGCUGACGUGCAACUGUUGUGAGCCUUUCGUCAGAACUCCUUUAAACUCUUAUCCACUGUAACAUUGACUUCAUAGCUUUCGUGCCCUGUACGUGACGCGAUUAAUGUCUAGUCCCAAUACAAUGAAUUUGCAAGUAACUUCAAGAACAAACCGUGUCAGUGCAAUAUGAAAAUGUGUACAUCUUAGCGGUUUACGAUGUUAUACUCGUUAUGACUGGGUAAAAAAUCAGCUUGACGUUACAGCUCUGCCGUCGAAAACCCUCUAAUUAUGUGUAAAUAACUUGAUUUUGACGGAAGAUUGCAUUCUGUAGUGCGUGUUGUCCAUUUUCGUCUUUUUUUUUCUCUUUUUACAAAAUUUUUUUUGUUAAUUUGCCUUAAAUGAACAAUUUGACCCCAAAUUUCUGUUGUCAACGUUCAAAGAUACUCUCCAACCUCAACUUGAAGAAUGCACGUCAAAAGUGCAAUAUUUUUUUCAUAAGGUUACGCAGUAUGAUGGAUACGAUUUUGACUAUGUCGACCUCUUUGCAAAAUCAACUUCGACACGAUAAUUAUUGCAAUCGAUGGAAGAUUUCAAGCCCAGAUAUUUACGCAGAAGAAAAGAUAUAAAAUUUAGAGCUGCAGAUUCUUAGUUGUUUAUGCUUUGAUUUCCCUGAGCCGUGCAGGAAGAGAAUUCGAACUUCGAAUAAAAUCGUGUUCCUUUUUUUCUUAAAUAAAAUGGCAUCCCUUUUCUUCACUUCCAAAAUGUGUAACUUUGUUCACGAUAUACAUCGCUUAGAUGAUAUAUGAAGUAUAAGUUGUAUCCUCCUUCGUUAUUUAAAAGUGUUGUUACACGGGACGAUUCNGAGAAUUCGAACUUCGAAUAAAAUCGUGUUCCUUUUUUUCUUAAAUAAAAUGGCAUCCCUUUUCUUCACUUCCAAAAUGUGUAACUUUGUUCACGAUAUACAUCGCUUAGAUGAUAUAUGAAGUAUAAGUUGUAUCCUCCUUCGUUAUUUAAAAGUGUUGUUACACGGGACGAUUCGCAACGACGAUUUUUGCCGCAACACAGCGUUGCAAUGCUGGAACAAUGUUGUAACCUUUCGAAACAACGUCGCAGCAAGACGAUAUAUAUGCGUUUUUUUCCGGAUUGCUUUUCAUCAUUUUUUACUUGCAUGUCAGAUUGUAAACGUUAAAUUUACAGGGUAUGUAAUUACGUAAUCACUGUUGUAUUGAAAUUCCUUUUUAAAGAGUUUGCACAGAUGACGAUGUAAUGAGUAAUUGGGCAAUACAUUAUGACACCAAUAUUAGAACCUUUCAUUCAAUAAUACUACAAUACUAUUUACAAAAAGCAAUGAGAAAUUAUAUAGUUUUCUUAUCCGUAAUACGAUUUUUUUCGAAGGGUCUUUUUGAUGUAAUAAUUGGGAUUGUUAAAUCCUAUGAAUUGCAACUGUCAGUUUGCGAUCAUGUCCUUCCCAGGUUAAAGUUUGUUUAAAGAACGUCGUUUAAGUGUUUUUCAGCUUUUUUUACGAGAAGCUUACCAAGAAAAAUACAGGUGCAAUAAAUUGUGCAACACAUAUUUUCGGCCCAGCUGAAACCAAGAUGCAAGUAAUGCUGGACGUUUUUUGGAUAACUGUGUAGCAGAGCUCAAUCUAUUGUUUUUCGUUCAUUCAUUCUGACUAAUGGGUCGUUCUUAAUUCGGCGUAAAUCUUUCAUACCUGUUAUGUCCUUACUUCAAAAAUGCUCUCGCUCCUUCCAAUAAACAAGAAACUGGAGUCAUUGUCGGAGGUUUUGACGAACAGUCUGAACAUAUUGUUUCAGACAAAUCAAUAUAUCAUAACAUAAUUCGUGCUGCAUCAGCAUGAUUAGUUCCGUUAAGGCUGAUGUUGACGAUAUCUAGAAUACGGUUUUUUGCUUUGAUCAAUCACCCACGGGUUCCAACGACCUCUUGAACCACUGUUUGUUAGAAUUUCUCACCACAGACGAUCAAGAACCCUAGACCAAAACAAUAAAAGGUCGCCAUACUCCUAUUUCAGCCCAGCUCUAGAAUCCCGCUUUGCUGUAACUUCAUCGUCUCUUUCUGUAAGAGGCGAUUGUCCUAAAAUCGCCUGUAAUUAAUGUAUUUAGAAGUCUUUAAAAAGGUAAUUGACAGUUCACUUGUCUGAGUCAGCGGGAAUUUCCCCUCAAUAGAAGGUUUAGCUUUGAUUGCGGCUUACAAGUUUAUUUACCAUCCUUUGUUUUUAUGAUUUGCUAGUUAAAGCUAGUGAGAAAAAGUCCUUACCAGAAAACUAUUUAAGUUGGAGUCAUGAAGAUCUUUAUUCCAAUCAAGUGAAAGUAACCUCUUUCUUUCAACUUGACUUUCAAUUAACUGUCCUUCCGUGAUAUCUUUGGUGUCUUCGAUCAGUUUCUUGUUGCCGUACGGGGUGCAUGAAAUAAAACCAUACCAANAAAGGUCGCCAUACUCCUAUUUCAGCCCAGCUCUAGAAUCCCGCUUUGCUGUAACUUCAUCGUCUCUUUCUGUAAGAGGCGAUUGUCCUAAAAUCGCCUGUAAUUAAUGUAUUUAGAAGUCUUUAAAAAGGUAAUUGACAGUUCACUUGUCUGAGUCAGGGGGAAUUUCCCCUCAAUAGAAGGUUUAGCUUUGAUUGCGGCUUACAAGUUUAUUUACCAUCCUUUGUUUUUAUGAUUUGCUAGUUAAAGCUAGUGAGAAAAAGUCCUUACCAGAAAACUAUUUAAGUUGGAGUCAUGAAGAUCUUUAUUCCAAUCAAGUGAAAGUAACCUCUUUCUUUCAACUUGACUUUCAAUUAACUGUCCUUCCGUGAUAUCUUUGGUGUCUUCGAUCAGUUUCUUGUUGCCGUACGGGGUGCAUGAAAUAAAACCAUACCAAAUUUAGUAGUUUGCCGCUUGGGGUACGUCAUAAGAUAAGAAACAUACUGACAAGCCAAGCCUGCAUGUUUUUCGCACUUUUCACUCUCCGCCUUAAAAUAUUGGACGAAAAACAGGCGCUGCUGAUAAACUUCUGCCCAUGACGCAAGUUAGCUUCCGCUCGGCUGGGCCUGGCGCCCACGCCAGGAAGUCACGAAAAAGACUGCGAUUUACCGCUGGUCUCAGUUAUUGUUUUGCCGAAACGCUUGAAUACCUUUCAAAAUAGCCACAACUUCGUUUGCCUCUGGUUACAGGAGAUUAAGUAGAGUCAGCCUGCGAGACUGUCUUACUCAGUUGACCAUUUCUUGUGUUUUGUUAUUCUAUCCAGCAUCUACAUCCGUCUAACAAAACUGAAAAAGUGAAGAAAGCUCUAAACCGACUCAGUGCGCUUGGAACACUUUCGAGGAAUAGCAAGUAAGUACAGGACACAGAUAACUUAGAGAAUAAUAGUGUGUUCUUGAUUGAUCAUGUGUGUUCGAUUUGGUUUGCCUUCUUAGAAGCAAGAUAUUUAUGAUUUUUUUUUCAGUCUAUAACUUGACUACUGGGAUUAUAUGUCUUAUUUUAGGUGAAAUUUCCUUUUAGCUAGUGGUUGCGUUUUGUAGAAAGGAAAUCGUCAAUUAGAAAAUACGAAAUUCCCUUCGAAAGCGGUAGUACGUUGUCAUUCUAUUUUUAUCGAUGCAAAUCAGUUGAGCAACAGACAUUCCAGACGAACUUUGUCAGGAAAUGUUCUUAUUACUGGGAAUGAGCGGACCUCCCUUAAAGUGAAAACUUUUGGAAGAAACUGAAAUAUGCCAAAAACGUGAAAUGUGAUGACUUCCACUCACAUUAGUUUUAACUUGUGACGUUAUUUCAGUCAUGAUUCUUUAAAGUUUGGUUUCUUGUACAAUAUAUACUAUAGGGAACGAAAUGUAAUGGUAGAUUUUCUUUAAUUGACUCACUUUCCAUAAUGCAUACUUCCCCAUUUUAUAUUCCAUCUGAUUUGGCUGUAGACGAUUCUACUUUAACAGUUCCAUUCUCAGUGUUAUUUUAACCUUUGCAGAAGUAAAAGCGAAGUUUAUGAUAAUAAUAAUAAUGCACUUUUUGUCGUGAUCGGUUAAUAUCAAAUAAGAGGGCAUAUUUCUUCUGGCUCUCAAAUUCUUUCCAUCGAUUCUUUACAAACUUGAUUUUAUGAUGUAGCUCUAUUACCCGUUCGAGUCUUUUGACGUGUGUCCUCUAAAGAACAGCUAUUUUAAAAAUAAUACGUCGGCAUGUUAUAUACAUUAGUAAACUUUGCACGAUCGCUCAAAACCUUCAGUCGGUUUAAUGAAUCGUGACGUUCAGUCAUUCACUUGAACUUAACCAGAACUAUACAUUGACCUGUUCUGAGGUAAAGUUUGUAAUGCUGAACAUGGUGGCUGUAAUUUUUUUGCUUUUUUGAGUGUUUUUUUUUAAGUGUGUUCGUUGAACAAAAGCAAUGAAUGACACUUUUGAAUGGUGAUAUUUGUUGUUUGGGAAUGUGUAGUAAGCAAUAAAUUAUAAAUUUUCCACCUCAUUAGCCGUUUGCAGUUCUCUCGUCGGCCUAGUCCUUCGUCGUGAAAUUUACCGAAAAACGUUUUCUGUUUUGUAAGUCAAGUUUAUGUGUACUUCAGUUUCCUUGUUUAGAAUCUUCUCUUACGGUUCAGAGGUCUCAUCCAAAGGCUCUUUUGAACCAGUCGAUCCAAUACAAUUACGUUCGCAAUAGCGGCAUAUUAAAGACCUCCUUUCUUUUGCUUAUUAACAUUGUUUCGCUAAUGAUUUUUCCCGUGGGUGUGAAAAACAUGUGGUAUAGAGAAUACAUAGAUUUGUUUAUGACAAAAUAAUUGGCGACUUAGUUUAGUGUUGCGGAGACCAAGGGAAAAAUUACUGCUUUGUUUCGGUAACAAAUAUUUCCAGCCUUGAUAUAACAUGGAUAUUGUGAUUUGACUAGCUGCAUCAAAAUUCAGUGCUCAUUGCAAGGGGGCAUCUACAAUAACCUGUUUUUAAGCAGCGACAAUUAAUUACUAUUUGCGGUAAUAAAAGUCAUUUAAAGUUUCAUUCCUGCCCCUUCAAAUUGUUUUUAGACGGUUGUCUUAUUUUAAAUCUGUUUUUAUCUCACAUAUUCAUGGAAGGGGCGUUCUAUUUGUACCUCAUUUGCGAGGCAGCCUUGAACUGGAGCUCUUUUGAUCUUACCCUGCUCCAAACAGCUUUUUGUAGAAUCUCUUCUUUGAAUAAGGGGCAAAGUUCAGAACUCAGUUGUCAAAACCCUAGUUUUCACUGACGUUGAAAGUUUCCACUUUCAAGCACAUCAGGGUAAUAAAAGGUGUAAGAAGCAGUGGUGGGUAGAGGUCAAAACCUUUACUUGGCUUUUCUUGUACCUCAUCACUCGCACGUGGUUGUCAAUGCAUGCAUUGGAGCUACGACAACCACAUUGGCGUGAAGGACUUUAUUAAAGGAAAAACAAACUUUUUACGAACGUGAACUGCACGUGUAUUUGGCAGUUGGUACAUUUCUCUUCCCAUUUCUGCAAACUGUAGAAAAGUAAAAAAAUGUCAUCAAGUUUUAGAGUUUACUAAGAAAAGACCGUAUUAAAACCCUUUCAUUCGCAGAAGCAAUUUUAUGAAGAACGACGUUGCUAUUCUAAAUUUUGAGCCUUUUGAAGAAAUUGGGCGAUGUGACCAUUCAAGAGCAACGAUUCUUGGACACUGUUCUUUCUUUUGUACUCUGGUGUUUUCGUUUUCACAUUUGCUUGUUUUGUCCCGAGUUUUGAUGUUCUCCUCUUUGCGGGCCGAAAUCCUAUUAAUUCAACUGACUGGAAUUGUUGUCUAGGCAGUUAAUGAUUCCUUCAGUUGCGUACAUCUUUGCAUUGCAAGUGAAAAUCAGGCUUCGAAGACCUCUGUAAGAUAUCCACCGCCUGUUUACUAUCCGAAACUGACAAAAACAUAUCCGGGGCGACUUGUUACGUAUCUGCUCUGCAAAUGAAGAUAAUACCGCUCAGGACUGGAGGGUCACGCGAAUAUCAUUAGAGUGUGAAAUGACUAGAUCAAUAUCUUUAUACUUGUGCUAUACUCCUGACAACUUAUUUGGCUUCGUAAAUUUCGCAGCAUCAUCUAAGAACCAGCAAGUUCAAAAGGGAGAAAUUCCUUAUUUUUGGGGAAAACUGGACGUGGAGGAUUUUCAUCUUGUUAUGUGAAACAGUUGUAGUUUCAAUAGUUUUCUUGAUUAUGAUCUGAUAGCGACGAACUUUUUGUCGUAAAAAAAACCGUACUUCUUCUCUUCGGGAUUUUGGUGAGUUGUUUAGUGGAAACCUAUUUUCCCAUCGUUUGGGUGUAUAACGAGUUCCGGCCACAUGGACUAUCCUUCCGCCCCGGGGGUUGAGGCAAUACUCCAAACUUGCUUUAUGUUCAGAAACCGGUCGAGCCAUUCUAAUUUUAAGGCUUAUCAUUUGCCCAGUAUCUGAAAACGCGUGAGUGCCAAUAUGACACGCUACAUCUUGCGCGAUGCAAUAACAGAUGCAAAUUGAUUAGUUUGCGUUGGUUGGGUAGUGAAACACAACUGCUUAAUUUAGUGUUAGGCAAACUGGCCGUCGUAAAGACAGUCAAAAGCUAGAACAGAAGUGUUAACGACACAGUACGCGGUAAACAUGACUUGUGUAAGUUAUAUCGCAACGUAUGAAGAUUAUAAAAGGUUUGUAUGGGAAUGCAACCGAUUUAAUUUUUAAAGGUCGAAACUAAUGUUUUGCUGUGAUUUGAUUUUAACUUGUUAUCCUUGAAACCUUUUUCUCAAAAGUCCCGGUAUCACUUCGACCCUGUAAACUAUCUGAAUUAUUUUAUGUCAUCUGCAAUCAUGUGCUUCUAUUCAAGUUGCGUUGUUUUCCAAAGAAAUGGCUUCGAACUUUGGCUGCCUGAUUAACCAGGCCGCAACUGCUGGGCUAGCCUGGUCAAUGAAGGUGAACCGUGAUCUCGGAACGGAGCAACAACCACGGCAGUCGCAAAAUGAUGGAGACACUUAUAUAGAAAACCGCCUUCCUUACUUAGCUACGCUUUUGAGGAAGAGGGUUCUUAAGAAUGAUCAGGUCUUUUCGCUCUCUGUCCGGUCAAAGGAAGUAGUGGCAAGGGUUGAGUGAGUACCAUCUUGGAGUCCCUACAAGUUGUAUUAAAAGUGGGAAAGGGAGGGGAGGGGAGUGAAUCGUGGGAAAACUUCUAAAGACCAUUUUCGGCUUAACACGUUACAGUGUCUCAAGCCAUUUUGCAACUAGUUGCGGUCAACCUCACCGGCCGAGUGAAGAGGGUCUACGUUAACGAGAGAGAUUUUGCUCGUUUGUGGCUAAAAUCCGGACGCGAAAGAUUAACGGGACUUUCGAGAAACAGGCCCUAGGAUAGGAUGUACAAGACCUUUAACUAAAAUCCAGUUUUAUUUCUAGGCUUAUCUCUAAAAGCGAGAGGGAUCUUUUAAGUGUGAAUCACGACACUUCUGAUGAUCUUCACACCAUGGCCCGUCUCGCGGUGAAGAAUAAACGAGCCACUCUACCGCGAGGAUUUGGCUCCACGGAAUGCAUAUAUGCUAGCGAUCAGUCGUCAGACAUGCCUGAUAAAGUUAUAAAAGUUUACAAAGCGGACCAGACCUGUAAAUAUUUUAUGGUGUUUAAGGUGAGUUAAUUACAGCUUUUCGAAACAGUAUCUAACUAAAAUAGCCAAUUUUUUUCCAGCCAGCUAAUUCAUUUCCAUUAUCAUUCUCAGACCGAGUUGGAUUUUUUGAUGAAUUUUCAACUUGAACUAUGUUAGGAAAGGGUUUAAUCGAACCAAAGUAAUUGCCAGAGUAAUUUAACAGACGCAGCCAUUUAAUCGGAUCUUGAUGGUGAUACAUGCAUCUGGCGCUAAAGCUACAGUAGAAGGGGCGGUAAGAAAACGUGCAACUCGUUUUGCAACAUUGCUGCCAAACGAACUGAAUAAUUUUAUACGGUUAAGUUGAAAACAUAAAAUUGUAUUGUAUUUACAGAUGUUUCAACACGCAAAAUUAUAUCUAUCCUUUUCAAAAUCUCAUAGCGAUGUUGCGCGUUUUACCACCCAUGAGAAAAAACCAUGCAACCUGAUUUGUUGCAAGACAGGUUCGAACGUGGCUGGUAAAACGUGCAACAUCGCUAUACAACUCGUUUUGCAGCAGUGUUGCAAAAAAAGCUGCACGUUUUUUGUUGCCAAUUCAAAGCCAAAGCAGUUUAACUUAGGUUUUAAUUUCAAAGCGCCCCAAAGAAGAUAAACAACCAAAAAGUGCGGAGAAAAACACGAAGAAUACUUCGUGUAUGAACUUGGUUAAAAGCUAAUAGGAGAGAACUGGUUUACAACUCUUUAUUUACCCUGUUUGAUUUUUUGAUCGGUGCUUAUGAAUCGAUACUGCCAACCGGGACUCUUUUCCGUCACGUGCGCUUUAACGUAGUUGCUUAUAAAGCAGAUUUUAGACACGUACUGUAUAUAUAUUUUUGUUUAUAUUGCGUGGCGCCGUGCACUAUACAAAAAUGCGAAAACAAGAACGUGCCAUGGUUUCGAGGCUUACACGAACUGUUGUGCCCUAGUUUGAACAUUUUGUCCUAUUAUUUAUUAUUUAUAUAUUUUUAGGAAACUACAGCGAGAGAGGUCGUUAAUCGAGCUGUGGAUGCGUUUGGAAUUCCAGACCACCCACGGUAAGACUGAUUGAAGAGAUCGUGUUAGACGGCUAUCGUUCUUUUGGUGUUCAAGGGUGCUUGUAUGGCUUCAGUAUUGGUCUAGUGCUGAUCUACCCUGUUCAGUGUUGUUAAGACGCAACUGACGCAAAACAUCUCUACUUCAGCUAUUUUAGGCGGCAAACAGUAAAAAAGAACGAAUUACUUUUUAAAUAAGGAGCGAAAACGUUGUUUCCCGGUAUUGCUAAGAAUAUACUUAGAGAAAAUAGCUUCAUAUUACGAUCACGGUUUCUGCGUUCAUUUUAAGCCUUGUAAGUGAUUAAGAUCAGGUGCCAGGUUCCUUCCCUCUAGUCAAGCAAAUCUCUCCAGUAAAGGAGAGAUUUAACUCCAGUGAUUUAACUCGACAUUUUGUCACGUGAACUUUUUUUUCGCUUCACGUGACUAUUUUUUGCUUCACGCGACUAACGUGUUAUCAGUCACUCGAGAAUCGGCGCCAAUAGGGCGUCGUAAGCUCUCACAAACAUGAAUUCAGUACUUCACUUUGAAAUUUCUGGUUUUUUUUCUAUUUAUAGUAACUACUCACUGUGUGAGAUUACUGUAGAGGAUGGUGGACUCAUCAAACAAAGAAGACUGCCUGAUAUGCUUCCAAAUCUUCCUGAUAGAAUUCAUUUGAAUGGAAGGUAAGUAGUAACCUAUUAGCAAGCCUGUUGUAAGAUGUAGCACAAACCUACCUGUGUUUACACAUUACCGGAUCGGCCGAAUUGACGUCAUUUCUAUGGAUCAUGGAAAAUUGUUGCCUGUUUGUUAAACAGCAUAAAGGCUAUUCAAUAUAGUGUGAACACAUUCUCAGUUUGUUGUGACCAUCUGUACGUAUACGAUUACGUUUGUAAAUGCACACACAUGACACACGUGCCCAAUGAUCGUUGACGGAUCGUUUACGAUUGUCCACACGAACACGCAAAGGAAUUUUAAACGCGAGUUGAAGUAACAUCAUUGAGAGUGUAAAGUCUAGACGAAGCGCUAAACUACUAUCUUUUGUUACAAGGUAGUUCCCUUAUUAUAGUUUUUUCUUUCUUCUGCAGGUAUUACUUGAAGAAUAACGAAGUGUCGGGUCCUUUGCUUCCAGAUGAGGCAGCUCAGGUCAGCGAAUUUACAUUUUUUCAAUCCUUUUCUUGCUGAAUGCACUCAGACUGCGCUCUGAACCACACUACCUCAGACUCGUUUUUGUGCAGGUUUUGUUGUCGAAUGUAACCAUUCUGAACCAUUCAUUAGGACGCUGUAUUGCUUUUUGUAAUACGGUACAGUGAUAAUAUAAUUUUAGAGUCUGUGGAUGAAACUUUAGAAUUAAGCGAAAACCUCUGACAGUGUUGUCCGCUCUAGGUUAAACUGGUGUUUAUAGGAACUAGGAAGGUUGUGAAAUUAUGCUCUUCAUUAACAUUACACGCGACGGUGCGAUGGUGUUUUAGCUAGACUACUUUCAGUCCGGUGUGAAAACUAAAAUAACUCGAAAGUUUUGACGUUCUGUCUUUUUUGUGAUGCAGGAGCUGGCAAAAGAGUCAAGUUUUAGUUUGUUGCAACUCAAGCCGCGAGAUUUGGCUAAAGAAAUUACGUUACAGGUAAGAAGCUAAAAAUGAAAAAAGAAUGUUGGUGGAUUAAUCCGCUGUAGCGUAAAUGAAGUAUUAAUUUUGAUCGGCCUUUCUUAGCGAGUUACAAACUAGACUAUUCCUCCCUUUCUGCAAGUUGUUGGUACUUUCCGUAUGCAGCAGGAAUGUUUGUUUUAACCUUUCUCGAUGCUUUUGUCCUCUUUAAAGUGAUACAGUUUUUAUCAUUUAUAGGAGAAACAACGACAGCGUUUUUUCAGGGAUUAAUCAUCUCCGCGUUCUGUUAGUAGCUGCAUUAUAAAUACCCUUUUCCCGCGUUUCAAUUGCUUAAUUACGUACUGUGCUUUUAGAAGUUUAUAAGUUGUCAAAGCAUUUCGUGGCAUCGUGAAAAUUAAAACAACAACUCUUUUAGCGGCCUUUUAAGGACAACAUAUUUAAUAUAUUUCAUAUGAUUUUUUCGGAUCUUUUGGCCGUACAUGCCUCCAUUUACGCAGAAAGUAAUCAUAUUCCAAGGUCCUUAACAAAAUCACUUUUAUUUUCUCGAAAACAAAAGGCUUUUUCGUUUUUUAGGUAGGUUUGUACGCAGCGAAAUGUUAUGAGAUGAGUGUAUGAUAUUUUAGUUUGAUCAAUCAAGUUCCAUGUAAUCCUGAUCAGAUUUUUUACGGGUAAAGAGUUUCAUUUUCCUUCAGUUUUUAAUAUAAAACAUGUAGCCAGCUUAGUACGUUGCAAAGCACUAUUCAUUAAAAGCAACUUGCACAGAAGGGAAAAUAGUCCAUUUUUUUUUUCCUGAAUAGCUAAUUGUGGUUUUUGUCCUGUUAUUCUAGGACUUUGAAAUUUUUAGAAGUAUUGAUCCACGAGAAUAUAUCUACAAGUUAUGGAACUUUGGCCCAAAACUGACGGAAAACCUAAGAAAAUUUUCUGAGGUAGGAAUGAGUUAAUAUGGAAGCGCUUCUCGCACUAGCCUGCGAACGCAGUCGUCGCUUCUCUCCAUCCGAAAAGUAACAAGCUACGACGGGAAAUACGACUGGGUUCGCAGGCUAUUUUCUCACUUUCCCGUUUUGUGAUGAUUUAGUUCAUGAAGCUCAAUUUAUCCUGUUUUUGUUACCGUUGCAGAUUGUAAAUAAAGAAAUGUUUUGGGUUGUAACAGAGAUAUGCAACGAAUCAAACUUAGUCAAGAGAAUGAAAAUAAUAAAGGCUUUUAUUAAAAUUGCACGUAAGUGUUUUUCGAAGUUUUUUUAAGUUCAAAGGUUUAUAUUUAGUAUACGACUGAGAAACUUGCAUUUUUUCAAGAAGUUAACUUGGCGUUUACUUCAAUUUUUACAGGGCAUUGUAAAGAAUGCAAAAACUACAAUUCAUUGUUUGCAAUUGUAAGGUAAGUUCUUGAGUUCAUUUCACCCUCUUUGGGAGAAUCCAAGGUUAGAUUCUUGACCUCAGAUUCUUUAAAUUUUUAGUCGUUUGAUGAAAAAGAGGAAAUCUUUUAGCGCAAAUGAGUGCGAACGCGGCAUGCCUCAUAUUUCUCAGUACCAGUACACCGCUUGCCAAUGCACUGUUUCGAAUCCGUGCUCAAAGAAACCCACGCGUCGCGAUAUCCGUAAGAAUACAGCAUUAGAGUCGACUCGGGGUUUCAAGAUUCAAAAUCAAUUUUAAGAAUCCUGAUGAAGAUUCCCUAAGGAAACAUAUUCAAAGGGAAUGCUGUAAUGAGCGAUAUUUUUACGUUAAGACUAUUUCUAUCUUUUACAGUGGUCUCGGACAUUCAGCAGUGCAACGGCUGAAGAACACAUGGGACAGAUUACCCACAAAGCAUAGCAAGGCAUUUGAGGUGAGUUUAGGUCCUACAGGAGCUUUUUCCAUUGAUCAUAGAAUACAUGUGCACUUUAUUUAUGAUGAUUUAUAAUCUAUCUUUGUUCUCUUUUCAAGGAUCUUCAAGGUCUUAUGGAUCCGUCGAGAAAUAUGUCCAAGUACAGAAAUCUGCUGAACGGGGAACACGGCGAACCGCCUCUAGUAAGUUAAGCUUAUCGCUCUGGGCCCGGUUCCUCGAAAGAUGGUUAAGUUUAACCCAAGAUUAAGCCAAAUUUCAAGCACGAUUUUCUCGUCUAACGACAUGCAAUUCGAGGUUACAAAAUACUGUUGAGCCUUUACUACGAGAUGCAGUAAUGAUAGCACAAAAUGAUACCCUAAGCAAUGCAUAGGAACGUAAAAAACAAAAACGCAACAAAAUUUUAAUCCAGGAUUAACGCUAAUCGGCCUUUCAGGAACCGGGUCCUGGCCACAGUUGUUCAAAAGGUGAAUAACGCUAUCCACAGGUUCAAUCACUAUCCACUGGAUAGCGCAAUUGGUUUCCCUAACACUUAUCCGUUGGAUAGUGAUUUAUCCUGUGGAUAGCCUUAUCCAUUUUUUGAGAACAACUGGGGCCUGAAGUUUCUGUCCACUUAUAGUGGAGAUCUUGCUACCCCAGUAAUGAUUUUUGACGCACUAGUAGAUUGACAGUUUCCUUUAUUAUUAUUCUAAAAUUGUAAAUUCGAUAAAAUCAUCGACCCAUCGUUAAGUCACUUUGUCCAAGACUUGUCUACAUGGGACGUGCUCGUAUUUGGUGUCAAAUAUCGACUAAUCUAAAUCUACUGCUUUAACAGACAGAUAAGGACAUCUUCACAACGAGCUCUGGCUCUCCGCCUUAGAACUCUUCACGAUACGGCCCUAUUUUAGUGGCAAAGCGGCCAACCAGAGGUGUCUGUCACAUAGAUAGUUAAGUUAAAGACAGUUUCUCUUGACGGAAACAGCCACUGAUGAGUCUGUUUCCAUAGAGUCAGGUUAAUGUCUAGUAGAGAGAAUUUAUUUUUUUGUGUUUAAUACUGAGGGGCAUUGUAAUUUUUUUCUUUCAGAUUCCAUUCUUUCCCGUCAUCACCAAAGACUUGACAUUUAUCCAUCUUGGAAAUGAUAGCAUUGUGGAUGGAUUGGUAAGCCAAAUUCAGACUUGCAGCUUAAAACUUGAUUUCAUUAGCAAUAAGAAAAUGAUUAAGUAUUUGACUAGGCUAAAUGGGACAUUUUUUUACGGAAUGGAGGUGAAGAAGUUACUCAAACAAAGUUACCCUACUAAAGACUCACAAAUCUCUUCUAUAACCACAAAAGAAAUGCCUUCUUUUCAAGUAUAUGAUAUUCCACAGGGGCGGAUGCAGGAUUUUUGUUAGGAGGGGGUGCACCACUAAGGGAUGGCGUAACUGAUCGAUGACGUAAGCAAAUUUUAAAAGCGAAUAUAAAGAAGAAGGCUUUUGACUAGGCAAUAACAUAAUGUGAGCUGCUGAGAAUACGUAUCAAACGAAACAGCAAAUUUUGUAUUAGCUGUGAAGCGACCGUACAGUGUUAAUUAGAAAGCCGCAGGUCAUCUCGGGAGGGGGGGGGGGUGCGCACCCCCUGCACCCUCCCCCUAGAUCCGCCCCUGUUCCAGUACGCUUAGAUUUAGUCACACAGCACUAGAAAUUGCGAACUUUCUCACACUCCAUGAGACACCAGAAACUGAAGGUUUAUUUGAGGGUUUGCUGCAUCAGAGUAUGGCAUGAAAAUAUUUUUCUUUACACAUUUUACAGGUAAACUUUGAAAAGCUUCGACUCAUCGCAAGAGAAGUUCGGCAGAUUUCCAAGUUUAACUCCAUCCCAUACGUAAGUUCUCAAUUUUUCUCAAUUUCUGCGUUGACCCACUUUCGUAGCCUAUUUAUUUUGUCGUGGAUUGACUAACCGCUCUUUUUUUUCUAAUUUUCAAACUUUCAGGAUCCUGACACUAUGUUUGAAGACGAUUCAAACAGUCAGGGAGGUCCUGGUAACCAGAAAUUGGUUGGCAUGGUAACAGGUAGCGGCCGAAGAUCGUUGCGUGACCAGAAUCCUAAAAGGAUGUACGAGGAGGUAGGAUCAUCGAAAAACAAGUUCUUAUUACAUAAUCUGUAAGAUUUUUUAUCAUACUUAAUAUAGAAUUUGCUAACGCUGUUGCUUUUGUCACGCAGUCCAUGAUGUCACGCAGGGUUCAGCAGUACCUUUCAAACCUAACUAUCAUUGAAGACGAGGAGAAGUUACGUGAAAUGUCAAACAUCUGUGAACCUCCUCAGGGAUCCGGUAUGUUAAUCCUUUCAUUCCAGUCUUUCUGUCUCUCUCUUCUAUUAACAGUUAGUAACUUGUUUAGCGGUUUAAUUCAGUUUUCCUGUAUUCCUCGGCCAGCUUAGUACUUAACUAUAAUAACAGAUAGCUAAAACGUGAUGUUUCUUGAGUGAGUAGUUGUACAGGCGACUCGGAGAAAAAAAAAAUCCGAAUUUUCCCAACAGAAGUCGAAGCUUUGACCUUCCGGUUACUAGCUCUUCUACUCUGCUACUGAGUUAUGGAAGACUCGUUCGAUCUAAGGCCAUAAACCUUAUGUUUAUGUGACAAAAAUUCUACUCGAAGCGUUUAUCUGAUAAGUGCAGCAAAACUAGCAUGGAAAAAAGCGUGGAGAACACAAACUUAAGAUCUUAUUCCAUGAUAAUUUUCCUUUACUGAUACGUAUUGUGAUUUUAAUGCAACAACUACGCGCAAGUCCCUAUAAGCACUAGGGAAAGAAUACUGUAUGUAACUCUGUUAUUCUUUUUCUCUCUUCUUAUUUUAGCUCCUCCGAGCGUACAAACUCGCAGGAAGAACUCGCCCUCGUCCUCGCCGGUCGCUAGUAAGAAAGAUCGGAAAGGAAGCAAACCAAAUGAGCUGACGGGUAAGAUAAUCAUUACAAGCGUUCAUGAAUUAGUUGAUCUCACUUCCGAUAAGCAUGGAAAUACACCUCUCCUCCCGAUGGUGUUAGAAUUGGACGAUUAAGGAAAGCUUUACUAUUCUUCAGUUAGCGCAUUUCGUCUGGAUGCUAACCCUCUUUUUGUUUUAUCUCCUAGUUCCGUCGCCAUUAGCACUCAAGAAGGAACUCAUUGCAAGUAAGCUAAGCCUUUUGUUGUUGUUAUAAUGUUUUGUUCAAUACCUAAGUAAUUUAUAGACUAAAAAUUUUGGAGACUUUUCCUAUCUUUUUAAGUAAAAUACGCGGGGGGCGGGAGGGGGGGACGGGGAGAUUCCAUUUGAGAGUAGUGCACAAGAGGCUCCGUUUGAAAGGUCAUAUCUACAUAUCUGUCCCAAAACAGCCGACUGUGGAAUUGUUAUCAUUAGUCUUGUGAGACAGUUAUAUGUUAAUUCCGACCAAAGCAAACGAGAUACUUCUGGUGAAAAUCGUGCUGUGGUGCCCAAGCGUGGAAAGGUCACCAAAUACCGAGCCAAUACCGAGGACUGGUUUGUAUCCGAUGAUAAUUGCUGAAGAACCUCCGUGAAUUUCAGAGCCCAUCAAAAGCCAAACAAACGUCUUCGUUGAAAAACAGUUUUAAAACGUCCGUUUUCCCCUCCUUCCCUUUAUUGACUUUUUUCCUUUCGGGUUUUGCUUCUUACGGUUUCUUUCCCUUCCUACACUUUGCAGGUGACCGAAUCUCGGUGUCUUCUACAGCAAGUUCAUCGUCUUUUCCGGAGGUUCAAUCACCGAAAAUUCUACCCGAAGGUAAACACUCAAAUAACAUGAUCAUCAUAAUCGCAGACAGUUCCAACGCCAUAAAGCACAUAACAACAACAACAACGACGACGACGACGCUACGCCACUCAUUUAAGGCGGUUACCGGCCGGGCCGUUCAUUUUGGAAAUGAAAUAUUUAGCCUUUUCUCGAAAUUUUUCCUUAAAACCACCUCUGCCGAACAUACCAUAACUGAUUUGGCUUAUAGUGGUAGUGGAUAGUGGUUUUAAAUAGUGGAAUUCUCUUUACAACUGGAUCAGUUUGGCCGGUCAGUUCUAACAAAUGGGAGGCGCCCUAAGACAGACGCCCUGGCUUGUAAAACGUUUUCAAAUCAAAAGUUAAAGUGCAAUUGAAGCACUCCUUGAUCCUCAUUGGUGUCAUGUUCUCUUAACAGAAGACAUACACGUGUUCCCUGAAAACGACAGAACGUCUUUACCCGAAGAUACAGUACACAUGCAGGAAUUAAGAAGACUUCACUACAAUGAUGAUCAUCGAAGACCUCACUAUCGUCAUCCGCCAGGUGAGAUAAAGAAAGCCGUCAACGAUUUUGUAGUCAAGUUAUCGUGAUUGAUAAACCCUCUACGCGACACAAACCACUUGACUAUUACUUGGUCUUAGCAUUUACGACUUUCGAGCAACCAUUCUUGCAACACUCCUUGGAUAGCACGCUUGUUUUCCGCAAAGAGCUACAUCCUAGCAUUAUCGUAGGUAUCACCUUCUCCUCCAUUGAAUGCCUCUUAAGAGGACGCGCGCCACAUUAACAAAUAGAAUUUUUGGUGCGAGACGUUGUCAGCCGAUUAAACAGCGCAGCAAAGUAGUACCAAGAUAAUAACGAUUAUCUGUUAUUACAGACAUAGAAGCGAGGCGAGGGGUUCAUUUUGCAUUGCAUCAACCGAUAAGCUUCUUUUGUCUUUUAAAUGACUGUAUGACCGCAGGCUCAACUAUAGUGAAUAAAUGUUUAUUUCUGGCACUCAAUUAAAAACGUUUAUGAUAACGAUAAAUUUGCCUGUUUUAUUAUCUUGUAGGUGUGGAAGUGAUUAGACCGGUACAUUAUUCAGGUAAUUAUAUUUUAAAUAAUCUCUUUUGUCGGGGAAUACAAUGUCUCAGUAGGACCAUUGUUCUAAAAAUUCAAAUGAAUAAGAGCUUCAUCAAGACUAAGGCAGCGUUAAAAAAAGAAACAUUUCGAUCAGCAUGACAUUUUGCGGUUGGACACGUUAGAUAAAACCGUGCACUUUCGAAGAUUCUUAGGAAACUACCGAGUCUAGGUGACAAUGGGUGCAAUGUCGUUAGAGAAAUAAGUUAGCUGAAGGGACCAAAUAUUUUAGCAAAUAAUUAUCUGAAUUGUUGGCUCAUUUUGUCUUUUUCUGUUCCGUAGAAUCAGCAGAAAAUUUACCAUACAGUCCUACGCACCCUACAGCCCCUCAAGAACACCCCUACCACCCUGGUAAGUUGUAUUUUAUGUUUGUUUUUUUUUUUUUCAUAACUCUCGAAUUGUAGUUAAUAGCUCCCGUAGGCCAGAAAAACCUGGCCUAAAUGGUUGUGCGUUUAAUUGGUCCUAUUCCUAUCUGACACAUGAGCUGUGACUGAUUACCGAUUUCUUAUUAUAGACAAUAUUCCAGCUGUAUUCCUCUCCAAUACUCUAGACUACUUCUUUGUUGUCAAAACGAUCCCGGAAAUCUAAGUGGCAAAAGCCAGUGUCCAUUCUCCCCAAUUAGGCCCCUUUUCAAGUCCACCCUGGCCCCUACUUGGAUUUUUUUCUCUGUGAUAACCGAACUCAUCCUCUCGGGCGUGGUUGUACAUAGCCAGUUGGUUUGCCUCCUGUCACUUAGGAUUCUUUACCUUGUUAUGUUUCAUUUAAAUAAUUCGUUUUUGUCGCCACAAGCCUUUCUGCCGAGUUCCAAAAACCCUCAGUUUCAAAAUGAGUCCAGGUGUACAACCUUUCUUGUGAAAUUGAGUUUUAUUUGCAUGAGAAUGAAAAACCAUUUCCAUAUCAAAGGCUGAGCACUUAACCUCGUUUUGAUGGAGAGGCCCGGGGGAACUCAGAAAUGGCCUAUUGUGAUACAUUUCUUACUCGUACCCAAUCUCCUCUCAAGGUUGAAUCACGACUUGCAUUUUAAAUAAUAAGAUCGUGUUAUCAGUUUAUUAGUUACCCGUAUUAUCAACGCCGGGAUGUCAUAGUGGGUACAUCCUCUCACUGGUUAGGGUUUUCGCUUGUUUUCCAGGUGUCACGUACCAGUAUGGAGGGUAUCACCACUAUCCAGUCGACCAAUACAGAAGAGUAGAUUACGUAGAUAGUUACGACGGUGAGUCUCUCUAUGCUUAUGAAAGCCUUGUUUAUGUCCUUCUCUUUGCUUUUCUGUCGUAUUUGUCCUUCCUUCCAUGUCAGCAUCGAAUUAUCUAAUUUUUUUUUUUUUUAAUUUUACAGAGGAAGAGGGUCAAGUCUCGGCAGUCUGACAUCGUGUUAGGUAAGAAAAAAUGUCGGCUUAUUGAUAUAUCUAGGAAGAGAGAAAUAAUGGGCCAGAGAUGGAAAAGCUCACGCUCAGUCCAGGCCUUGGUAUAUGUGAAUUAUUUCACUUAAGUUAUUUUUAGACCAAUUAAAAGCUUGAAAUUAAUCUGAAGCUGGUUUCCGGAGAGGUCCACAAAAUUUAUCUGCAUUUUCUGCUUUGAGACAGUGCGCGUGGACUUGGUGAUGUUUCAAACAAUCGAUUUAAAUAUGCGGAUGUCUUAGGAAUUAGAGCUUACGUUUAAUUACAGUCUCUAAAACUCACAUAUCCCGGCAGACACCCUAAGAUUCCCUGUCUGUCCCAUUAUUCCUUCUUGAUAUUUAUAUUUAUUUAUGUUUUCAUUGUUGCGUUUAUUCAUGCAUUUAUUUAUCAAAGUCCACGUGUUGUGAGCUCGACUUAAAGUUUUUCAGUCGUUUUACAUAAAAAUGGAGAUUUUAAGGCUAUUUCAAGAAUUAUUUUUGUGGUAUAAAAGUCAGUUAAAACUGUGUUUAAGACUUAGAUUUUUUGUUGUCUUUCAGGUCUCAAGAGCUUUCUACAAAGCUGUAUUCCUCUCCGUCGAAAUAGAUAUUUCAAAUCCAAGGCUUUUUGCGCGGCGUGCAAGCUUGCCGAAAAAAAAAAAAGAUUUUUCUGUUCACUUCCUGUCAAGCCUUAAAUUAAGAAAUGUAACUUUUUAAUGUUCAGUUGUGUCAAAGCUGAAUGUAUUUCUUUCCUUUUAAGCUUGGGUGGUCAGUGAUGCGUGGUGGUUGUGAAAAAACUUCAGUUUUUGUGGGAUUCAAGUUAAUUUAGAUUGUCGUUGUUGUUGUUUUUUCUUUCUCUUGUAAAGAAAUGUUGAAACGAGGCUUUACGAAUAGGCCACUUUCGAGUUCCAAAAACUCCCAAUUUCGAAACGAGACUAAAUGCCAAACCUUUGUUGUGAAAAUGAGUUUUAUUUGCAUGAAAACAAAAAAUGACUUUCGUGUAAAUGGCUUCGCGCUUAGCCUCGCUUUGAAACAGAGGCUUGAGACAGCUUGGAAAUGGCCUAUCCGCCUUGUUUGUUGACCGCAUGGGUAGUGUUCGCAAGACGCGCAAUUGCGCAUGUACGUCUAGCGUCUUCUUAAAUGACCUGGCACGUGCCACACAGUAAACAAAACGCAUGUACAGACGUAAAAAAAUAUAUCCCUCUACAAAAAGAAUAAAAACAGCGGGUGUUGAUCGCCUGCCUAACUUCAUAGUUAGAUGUUUAUGUAGCUUAAAGUCUAAUUGAGUCAAUGUAUGACAUAUUUACUCAGAAGGAGGGAAAUACCACCAGUUGUGGUACGUAGUAUGGGGAACCAUUUGCUUGUCUCGAUGACUCGUGAAUUAAAAUAGACCUAAAUAUUCAAACCUUAUUAAUUUAGGUAGAAUCGUGAAUAACAAACUACAAUAGUUAUGAAAAAAAAACAUACAUUUUAUUUUAAUCUCAAAAAAUUAAGAGAUGUACCUACUCAUGAGUUUACGAAUCUUUUCUACUAACUGUAAAUACAUCAUAGGUUACGAUAUAAGUACAGAUUAUUAAAAAACAACUUUUGUAAGCCGUUGCGUUUAUUUUGUUGCAUACGUGAU